CUCUCACAUUGUACCAGGAAACUUGACAGUUUUCAUCAAAGAGGGAAAUUGUCCUAUUAAGCAGAUAUUAUCAUACAGCGUACGCAUAACAGAUAAAAUAUGCUGUGCUCUUUUCACCCAGCUCAAGAUUCAGGACAUACAGCUGCUUAAUAAGGUAAUAAAAAGUAAACUCAUUCAUAGCUAGAUUUUUAUCUAUACAACCAUGUGUCGUCUUUCUAUAUCUGUGUCGAUCAGUCUAUAUCCAGUCAUUUUUGUAUCUAUGUUAAUCUUUCUUUCCACCUCAGUCUGUCAAUCUGUUUGUCUGUGUUUCUCUGUCGUUCUGUCAGUUUGUGUCUUUCAAUCUAUAGCUAUCCAUUUUGUAUCUACUUUCACCUGUUCGUCUUUUAAAAAAAAAUAAAAAAAUUUUUAUCGUUCUGCCUGCCCUCUACAUCUGGCCAUUUCUGUUUCAAUAUAUCAACCUGCUAUCUGUGUACAGACAUAUAGCUCUUAUCAUGGCUGAAACCAGGCUUAGGAUUCAGGAUUUUGGUCCUCUAUGUCUCCAUAACGAUAUGCAGAUCCUGUAGCUAUUUUGGGCAAUGUCAUGCCUUCCAUCCCACCCCAUCCCAGUGGUGCUGUUUGAUUUCCACAGUGCAGGUCAUUGAAGUUAAUUUAAGUCAAUUAUGUCACACUUUGUAACAUGAUACAUUCAACCUGCAGGAAGUAGCCAUUUGGACUAUGGCCAUAAAGGGAUUUAUGUAGUCCGCAUCAAUUCUGCUUAUAUAUUGUUAAGGGAUCUAAUUUGUAAAAAUGAACACCCAACACACAUAGAAACACCAUUAAAAAAAACAACAAACCUGUACAAUCAACCUUAGGCAGUAUUGAUCAGUGUACUCUUCAUUUGUCUAGUUUUGUGAAUUAGGCACCCACUGUUACCCCCAAUAAGUUACAUGAUGCACACUUGGAGAGGAUGGGCUAAUAAACAUAAAUGAAAUAAGAUCACUCCACGAUUCGACAUGAUGUGCACUCAGAGAUGGUCUUCUGCACACCUCUGCUGUAAAUUGUGGUUGUAGCAAUUAACAAAUUCUGAUUCAUUGCUUUUUUUAGAAAUCGGUAGGUGGAGGCUUCUACCAUUGCUUGCUAGAUUGUAAAUUGUGUAUUUGUGGUAUUUCAUCUAGAAAUAGUCUAGCGAUUUCCUGACCUCUGAUUCUCUGACCUCAUGUGAAUAGCCCCAAAAUACUGUCACUCGCUAGACAUUCUUACUCAAUGCCCCAUUUUUGGUCGAAACUAGUGGGUGCUGCCAGUCUCCUUUCACCGCCUCCUCAUUCAUGAAAAUCCCACAAAAGGUCUUCCGAGAUGGUCCAACCACCACAUGUGUCAACAAUAAUUAUACCACAACCCCAUGCUUAGAUCAUGCAUCGUCUCCAUUCCAUGUUCAGUCAAACUACUCUUAAAUGUUCAGACCGUGUCUUCUUUCUUUGUAUAUUGAGACUUUGUCAACUCUUUGCUGGCUUUCUUAAUAUAGUGGCCAUUGACUGUAAAAUCUUCCUUUGCUGGAAAUAUUCAAAUGCUAUGUUUUGCUUUGUUAUAAAUGUCUGAUUUUAUUCCAACUAAGGCAUUUUUAUACAUGGAUGAAAUCUGCAUCUGUUGCAACAGGAAAGUAAAUAAUUAUCCUUUCAGCAGGACAUCUUCCUUAAUAAUGUGAAAAUCAAUGCACUCCCCGGGAGUAUUGAGCAGAACUGUGGUUUAUCGGAGUCCAAAUUGUCCAUUUGCCAUGUCCUGAUCAAUGUGUAAUGAAGCUACUGGGCCAGAAGUGGCGUGUAGGGGGACACUUGUUCGUCUUGAACCUCUGGGAUUGAUAUUCCAGCUGAAGAAAAAUUAAUAUUAAUAGGACAUGGGGAUGAGGCUCCUAGAUUACUUUGACAGUUUAAAGGAACACUUAGUUAAUUAGAGGAUGACAUUGCACCCCAGGUCCCAUGACACUGUCCUACCGUCUGUCACGAGCAUCGAAUCUCUUCUUGUUUUUUGACAAGUUAGAUUACAUCAUUACAUUCAGUUUUACUCGUUAGUUGUUCUACAGAAAAAGGUGCAUAUAUUAAACAUUAAUUAGAUCCCAUCCCUGACAUGCUCUGACUUGAGGAAGAAAUAAAAAAAAAUCAAAAGAUAUCUUUGCAAGAUUUCAGCAGAACAUUAAAAUUUGCUAGUUAGCUGCGUUUGUAUUUGCCACGGAAGCAGAAGGUAAUGGCACACUAAAAAUAAACUGUAUAAAACAUACAGAUCCAAGAAUACGAGAAAGCGGCUGACUGUUAAACGUUAUUUUUUUUUUUAGUUUAUUUAAAAUAUAUAGUGGCUCUGGGCCCCCAUUUUAAAAUGUGAAGUGUAUGUUACAAUUGAUCAGAGGAACAAAACUACUGCCAUACCAGGUAUUACAGACUACAUCUCCCAUCAUGUCAGAGCCUUAUGAGUUAUAGUAUUUGGAGUAGAAAGGAUUGCCUAUCCGCAGUAAAUCACUGUAUCCACCAUUCAUGGGGUGAUUUGGAUACACAAUUUAAGGUUGAUUAUGUAAUAAUAGCUCAUGAGCUCACGGGUGAUUUAAUUUAAAUCUGUCUCCCAUUAAAUCUCUUCCCUGAGCUAAAUCCUGCAAUGCAGGGCUUAGAUCAUUGGCUGAGUGUGACCAGCUGAUACCGUAGAUUCAGGCUCUCACUGAGAUGUAGACCAGGCAGGGGCCAUGUCUGGUGGACCCAAGUAAGAAAUCAAACUGUUGCAGAUUCACUGUAGUAGUUCUGUUACAUGGAUGCGUUUUUUUUUUUUCCAUUUAUUUCUUGCAAUGUAAAACAUUGCUGUUUCUGAGAAAUGGCAAUGUUUGCAUUUUGACUAAAACCCACCUCUUGUGGCUUUCAGACAAACAGCCACUUGAUCCUCCUUCAAUGUCCAAAGGUCUCCACGUUUGGGGUCAUCACACACAGCAUAACAAUGACAAACACAUCUAAUGCCACUUCAUUGGAUUAGUAGAGUGAUGAAAUUGCUGUUCAUUAACCCAUAUCUCCAGUACUCUUCUCUGAGAAACAUUGUACUGGGCAAAAAUACAGCUCUACGUUAAUGACCAUAUCUUCGCCAGCACUGCAAAGUAAAACAUUGCUUAUACAAAAAUAAUAUGCUUCUGAAAUUAUUUAACUAGAAGUAUUUAUUCUUGAAAUUAAGUCCUGCCUUGUUUAAAAAAAAAUAAAUGUGUUACAGGUUAGAAAUGAAUUCAUUUAUUUAUUUUACCAUCACUAAAACGAAUUACAGUUUACCAACUGGCAAGGGAUACAGAGUUCCAGGCAUGGUUUGUGAAACCCCUGAUGUCACCAAUUCAAUUAAUGAUCUUACCUUUGUCAAUGAACACUAAUAAGCACUUUUCAGUGCCACGCCAUGGAAUCCUGUAAGAAAACCGCAAAGAAAGGUACUAUAUAGAUAUGUUCCCACAAAUUGUGUAUGUGAUUGAAUAUUAUAUACUUUUAAUUUAUGCAUCCUUGUUAAAGAGCAUGUACUCUUCAUUAAGUGUUCUUGCAUAGCAAGACCACUUAAUGUUAUCUCACAUAUAUAUUAUUAUUAUUAUUAAGUGUUCUUGCAUAGCAAGACCACUUAAUGUUAUCUCACAUAUAUAUUAUUAUUAUUAUUAUUAUUAUUCUUAUUAUAGCAAAAUUUGCCACCCUAACUCCUCCCACAGUUUUUACACUACAUAGACAAAAUUUUACCAAAACGUGCAGAUUGUUCCCGAUCGGAUUGUUAUUACUUUGUGGAACGUUUCGCCGAAUGGUUCACGGAAUAUCGUCGUUCUUGUGGCGAAAUUUGUCCCAUAGGAAUGAAUGGCAAAGCUAGAGUGGGAGCUGCCAAAAGCUGAAAAAUCAGGACAUGAUUUCUAAACUGCCACCGCUCCCUCAUUUUCAAGCCCACCUACGCAAAUCUUAUAUCAAAACGUUCAGCUAUCCCUGCUGCCACUAAACAUGAAAACGGCUAAGCCGUAGUCCUGAUAGUUUUCACAAUAUGACCAUUUGUUUGCAACCAACGCCGUCCAUUGACAUUCAUUGAAACUUCACUCUGCAAAGCUCAAAUUUCAAGUGCAAUUUCUAAACUGCGACUGUGCCUUCAAUUUUAAUACUUCAGAGACAUACUAUGCAUCAAAAUGUAGAUCUGGGUCUUGUGAUUCUCACAAUAUAAAGCUCUUAGCUGUAGGAGUUAUAGUUUUUAAGAUACGACCGUUUGAAGAUGGCAACCACCAAAAUACUCUGACCUGUGUCAAGCUGCAGCAGCAAGUGAUGUCAUAGACAGGGCCUUUUGAACACCUGCUAAUGUUUUUAUAAAUGUAUGGUUUUAAUGUAACUGUGCAACAACGUUGCAAUUAAAUGUGCUAUAUAAAUGAUAACAGUUACUCCGCCCACUCCAGUUGUAGACUACUGGUGGAGGCAAGAACACUUCACACAAUUUCCCAGAAAUUGUAACUUUUCUAGUUAUUAUUAUUAUUCUUAUUAUAAAAUUUGCCACCCUAACUCCUCCCACAGUUUUUACACUACAUAGACAAAAAUUUACCAAAGCGUGCAGAUUGUUCCCGAUCGGAUUGCUAUUACUUUGUGGAACGUUUCGCCGAAUGGUUCACGGAAUAUCGUCGUUCUUGUGGCAAUUUGUCCCAUAGGAAUGAAUGGCAAAGCUAGAGUGUGAGCUGGCAAAAGCUGAAAAAUCAGGACAUGAUUUCUAAACUGCCACCACUCCCUCAUUUUCAGGCCCACCUACACAAAUCUUAUAUCAAAACGUUCAGCUAUCCCUGCUGCCACUAAACAUGUAAACGGCUAAGCCGUAGUCCUGAUAGUUUUCACAAUAUGACCAUUUGUUUGCAACCAACGCCGUCCAUUGACAUUCAUUGAAACUUCACUCUGCAAAGCUCAAAUUUGAAGUGCAAUUUCUAAACUGCGACUGUGCCUUCAAUUUUAAUACUUCAGAGACAUACUAUGCAUCCAAAUGUAGGUCUGGGUCUUGUGAUUCUCACAAUAUAAAGCUCUUCACUGUAGGAGUUAUAGUUUUUAAGAUACGACCGUUUGAAGAUGGCAACCACCAAAAUACUCUGACCUGUGUCAAGCUGCAGCAGCAAGUGAUGUCAUAGACAGGGCCUUUUGAACACCUGCUAAUGUUUUUAUAAAUAUAUGGUUUAAUGUAACUGUGCAACAACGUUGCAAUUGAAUGUGCUAUAUAAAUGAUAACAGUUACGUCGCCCACUCCGGUUGUAGACUACUGGUGGAGGCAAGAACACUUCACACAAUUUCCCCAGAAAUUGUAGCUUUUCUAGUUAUUAUUAUUAUUAUUAUAGCAAAAUUUGCCACCCUAACUCCUCCCACAGUUUUUACGCUACAUAGACCAAAAUUUACCAAAACGUGCAGAUUGUUCCCGAUCGGAUUGCUAUUACUUUGUGGAACGUUUCGCCGAAUGGUUCACGGAAUAUCGUCGUUUUUGUGGCGCAAUUUGUCCCAUAGGAAUGAAUGGCAAAGCUAGAGUGGGAGCUGGCAAAAGCUGAAAAAUCAGGACAUGAUUUCUAAACUGCCACCACUCCCUCAUUUUCAAGCCCACCUACACAAAUCUUAUAUCAAAACGUUCAGCUAUCCCUGCUGCCACUAAACAUGUCAACGGCUAAGCCGUAGUUCUGAUAGUUUUCACAAUAUGACCAUUUGUUUGCAACCAACGCCGUCCAUUGACAUUCAUUGAAACUUCACUCUGCAAAACUCAAAUUUGAAGUGCAAUUUCUAAACUGCGACUGUGCCUUCAAUUUUAAUACUUCAGAGACAUACUAUGCAUCAAAAUGUAGGUCUGGGUCUUGUGAUUCUCACAAUAUAAAGCUCUUCACUGUAGGAGUUAUAGUUUUUAAGAUACGACCGUUUGAAGAUGGCAACCACCAAAAUACUCUGACCUGUGUCAAGCUGCAGCAGCAAGUGAUGUCAUAGACAGGGCCUUUUGAACACCUGCUAAUGUUUUUAUAAAUGUAUGGUUUAAUGUAACUGUGCAACAACGUUGCAAUUAAAUGUGCUAUGUAAAUGAUAACAGUUACUCCGCCCACUCCAGUUGUAGACUACAGGUGGAGGAAAGAACACUUCACACAAUUUCCCCAGAAAUUGUAACUUUUCUAGUUGCUAUUGUAACAGUAACCAGUGGACCCACCAAUACCUGAAGCGGUGUAUGUAGCUAUAUUCUAAAUCACAGAUUGAAAGGAGAGAAAAUUUUAUAAGUCAUGCAACAAUGAUGUUUGGAAACGGUUAUAUUAAUAGCUGAAUAGACAAAAUUAUAAAGUCUUAUAAACCAGAGGUCACAAAUGUAUUUGGACAUCGAGGGCAACAUCACCAAAUAUUAGAAUUCAGAGAUUCCAUCCCAUCUCCUGUCUGACCUCUUUCAGAACUUUAUCCAUUGAGAAAGAUACUAAUAAAAUGAAGUAAAAAAGCAUUCUUUGCUUCUUUGUAUUGGUUGUUAAUAUAAUUGUUGGCUUGUUUUCGUAUACUAUGUAUUAUAUUUAUAUCAGUGUUGUCACUCCAAACUUACCUUUCUCCAAUUGUUAUCUCUUCUCCUCCUCGCUCUGAAUCUGUUCUUAUUCUCUUCAUGUCUGAUCUUUUUCUUGUAAAAUAGAAUAGACUUUGUCUUAUUUAUUUUUCCUAAGCAUGACAAAUCUUGACCAAGGGUGGAGAUAAAAAGGGAAACUAUAGUCACCAGAACAACUACAGCUUGUUGAAUUUGUUCUGGUGAAUAGAAUCAUUACCUUCAGGCUUUUUGCUGUAAACACUGUCUUUUCAGAGAAAAUGCAGUGUUUACAUUACAGCCUAGUGAUAACUUCACUGGCCACUCCUCAGAUGGCUAUUAGAGAUCCUUCCUGGGUCAUGGCUGCCUAAAAUGCAUCCAAACAUUCAGUAUCUCCUCCCUCUGCAUGCAGACACUGAACUUUACUCCUAGAGAUUCAUUGAUUCAAUUCAUCUCUAUGAGGAGAUGCUGAUUGGCCAGGGCUGUGUUUGAAUCAUGCUGGCUCUGCCCCUGAUCUGCCUUUUUGUCAGUCUCAGCCAAUCCUAUGGGGAAGCAUUGUGAUUGGCUUGGACUACCACUUCUGAUGUCAGCAGACAGAAGCAGUUGACCGGAAAACAGGGGCAGAGCCAGGAGCUGCAGACUUGAAUACAAGUAAGCUUUUACUAUAUUUAAGGAGGCAAGAAAGGGCCAGGGGGGCUAGAUGGUGGUUUUAACGCUAUAGGGUCAGUAAAACAUGUUUGUGUUCCUGUCCCUGUAGUGAUCCUUUAAGGCAAACUACACUUUGUCAAUUCUCACUUUCCCAGAAGUUACCUGCCCAUUUUGUCUAUCCUCUAGAAUCUCGCAAUCUACCCUCUGUCCUCCCCCAACCUCAUUUGUACAAUUAUAUUUGCGUUCUGCUUCUUGGACAUAAGCGGUGAGUGUUUACAUAGUUUUCAUACAAUCAUUUGCAAGAUCAGAAAAAAAGGAAAGGCAGAAGAAGGCAGUGACAGUACAUCACAGCCAGGCUUCUGAACAUGGCGCUGAUGGGAAGAAGAUCCAGUUCAAAUAAAGAAAGAGCUUGUUAAAGGGAACCUGUGCCACAAAAACACAGGGGGAAUAGAAAGACAUAGCUUUGCGGGGGACAAUAAAAAAAAAAAAUAAGAAAAAAAUCCCAGAGCCGCUUUAUUAGAUGUACGAUUUAAUAGUGUGAGUAGUGUUUAAUUUGCUGUAAAUAUAUUGAAAGCAUAUUUAAUAUGUGCCUUUUCUUUUGCGGCUCAAUAUAAAAUCCAUCCUGGAAAUGGCAAGCAUAUGCCAUUGGCUCCCCGUAGGGAUGAGUGACAGCUGACUUUUUUUUUCUACCAGACCUAAGCUCCGAUUUUAAUUUCUCCAAAGUAAAUAAAUUUACUCCCGCUGUGAUCUUCCUUGUCCUUUGUUGUCAGCUGCCGCAGGAUUAGCCGUAUUACACCUGUGUGUGGUUUUUACAUACAGGGGUAUAUUGGCUAAACAGGGAUUUGCUUUGUGCUGGCAGCUUAAAGGGUAUUUAUUACUAAAUUGUCCAAUUUGGCCAAAUAUUGUCUAGUUGGUUUUAAGCCUAUUUAAUUGAAUAUUUCCCCCCUGCCACUUCCCCCAAACCCAAGUUGUUUUUUUGGGGGUUUUUUUUUACCCAAUACAAACUGCAUACUAGCUAGCUGUGUGGUGACCUUAUCAGCUAACCGUACUCUGCAGGUAGCACCAUAACCACAGCAUGCUUCUUGCAUUGGUAGUGAUCUAGUCUUAUUCCUGUUGUGACCUGAAUAGGUUCUCAUUACUGUAUCUCCAUUAUCCGAACCACAGUUUCUUACUGAUUUACCCACAUCUGCUACUCACAGGCACCACUGCAUUGUCUUAGUGCUAUAUUGUUCUCUAUUACCUUAUUUUUUUUUUAAUAGCUUCUGGUUGUAUUUUGCUUUUCAUCUAUACUGUAGUAACCUUUGUCAUAAUAACUGCUCCGUAGUACUAAGCUCUAUAACUUUCUUGCUGUCUCCCACAUCUGCAGACCGGUUCCUAUCAAUCUUUCAUUUCCGACAUCCUAAUUUACCCCCAUCUAAUGAUUGCUCUCUUUUGCUCACUCUAACAGGGUUAGAAACGGCGGAACAUUUACAAGAGGGUAGCAAAUUGUAAGCCAUAGUAGCCAAACGGAAAACUCUGAGUUGGGAAAAUGUUCUAAUAUGGCCUAUUUGGGCAUAACAUUUUUUUCCUCACAAUUCCCUGUUUAGUGAAUAAAACCCCAAAGGCUCUUGGUCCCCCCCCCCCACCCCACCCCUUUCCAAUCCCUCCAUUCCCCUCUCUCUUUAGAACAAACCCUCAUUCUCCUGCAUACUUUAUUCUUGUUCUGUCUAAUGAUCUUUUUCUUUUCAUCCUUUCCCUUGCUCACUGUCACUCUUACCUCUUCAUCUGUUGUGCUCUCUCCAUGUAACUCACGAAAGGAAGAUUCAUUGGGUAGAAUCAGCUGCUGUGCUUUCAAAUGUGCCCAAAUGCAGUUAGUAAUUGCAUUAGUGUUGCAUUAAGCUGAACAAUAGCGAAAGGUUUUAACUGCUCAACAAACAUCCAUUCUUUUGCCACUAAAUGACUCAUUUAACACUAUAUACUGUCUUCUAGUGAAAGCUUACAAAGAUUGAAAGUAUACGGGCAAAAAUAAUAUUAGAUUGGGCUGAAAAUUCCUGGCUGGCGUUUUUCCCUAAGAGGAGAAGAGGGUUAAAAGUUCACUUGAACACAACUGAGAGCUCCUUUAAAUCCAUCAGUGUAUUCAAGCCAUGUCAAGUUCUCUCAUUAGGACUUAGCGGUGAAUGUACAUCUUGCUUAAAGUGACUCUAUUAUCAAUGUGUUCUUAAUGAAAUCUGAUUUCAAGUCCUCCUUCGUACAGCGCCAGCACGACAUUUACCAGUGCAGAAACCCAUACAGUUCCCAGAACCUGAUUGUGUUUGGGUUGAAUUGAUUUGCAAUUCUUAUCUAUCAUAGACACCCUUUUAAAUCUACAUGUUGUGAAGCUGUAGAUGGGGCCAUGUUAACUUACCACAAGACCUGAAAUUUUGCAAGUUUAAAAAUUAUUAUAGAACUCUAUGGAUAUUCUUUUCCUUGGCUUCGAAGUUAGGUCUUACAAUAGGUCUGUCUGUCUCCUGAAAUAGAAGUCAAAUGACAAAUAUGGAGCCAGCAGUAAAUAAUAUUUAGGUGCUAUGGUUCCUAAUUUGCGCGGUUCUGUUUUAAGAAAUGUAUUUUUCAUUUAUUUAUACUUUUUAAGCACUUCAACAGUCUCCAUAGAAAUAUAUAAUGGCUCUUUUUGUUUUAUGCCUUGAUAAUUAUACACUUCCAUGUCUCGACUGAGCAAAAUAUAUGCUUUUAUAUUUGUUCUUUCUCGAGAAAUAAAUGAAUUAUGUAUUCAACAUUCAUUUUAUUGUACAAAUAAAAAUGAAUGUAGAGCUUUUAAAGGAAUACUCCGGGCACCAUAACAACUUCAUAAAAAUAAAGUUGUUAUGGUGGCAAUAUUUCAGGCUGUUUUUUUAAAAUGAAUAAGUAGCUACCAAUUUGCUUAAGCAUCAGCUGACCGCUUUUCCUUGCCCGAUGCUGCUUGAGCCUUGUAUUCUGAAGUAUUUUGGAAAGUGGGCAGAUUGAUCCGAUGCUACAGCCACUUCAUGGCUGAGAAGCUAUUUGCAGCCAUCGCUACAGCUCAUUUGGUAUAUUUAUGCCAAGUUGACUGGCAUGACAUGUCCCUUUUUGUACAUACCUCUAGUCCAGGGAGUGGCAACCUUUGGCACUACAGAGGUUUUGGACUUAUACAGCUUAUACAGCCAUAAUACAGAAGAGUUGUAAUUUGCAACAUCUGGAGUGCUGAAGUUUGCCUACCCUUGCGUUUUAGGCCAUGUAUGUUGGCAAUGAUGCAUGUUGUGCGACAGUCCCCCUUAUAAUUGCAGGUGGAAUUAGGAUCUUAACCAAUAAUAUUUCCAGCUAUUAAAUUACAAGAUCUUCUUCUGUGGGUCUAUUAGCCAUUUGUGUACUUACAGGUCAUAAGCACGGUGCUGUUUUUAGGAGUUGCUCUGUGCUAAUGUUCUGUGGAUAUAUAUAUAUAUAUAUAUAUAUAUAUAUUUAUUUUUAUUUUUUUAUUUUUUUGUGUGUAGUAGGAUUGACCAACUUCGGCACACAGUUGUACUAGGACUACAUUUCCAUAAAUUCUUUUGCAGCCUUUGGACAUUCCCAACCUGCUGAUUUAAUUGUGACGUAAGUUACUCGUGCAUAAAAGCUGUGUCCGGGCAGUUGUACCUUCCACCAAUGACCAUUCGUAUGACCAUUCCAGUAUAGGGAGCGGGGGUAAAAUUUUGCCCCAGUCUGUUUUGUGCUCUCUUUCGUUUAGGAUAAAUCCAUCUAUCAGGCGGAUCCAUAUGGCUAAUAGAAUGGAUUGUGGCUACUAACCUGGAGUGCAAUUGUAAUAGUGCACUUCAGUACAUUCCAAUAGGUACAAACUUGUAUCGUGAACAUCUAGUCGUAUGUUCUGUUUACUGAUUGUACAGCCCUACAGAAUAAGUUGGAUCAGUAGAUUGAAGUAGCAGGGGACAGAAUUGGAAAGGUAAUUAAAACAAGAUAAUAAGGAUGCUGGGUGCAUUGGACUAUUGCACAUGAGUUUGUGGAAAGAAAAAACAGAGGGAAAUAUCUAGACCAGGGGGAACCAAGUGGUAUCCCUGCAGUUGUUGUUAAACUACAGCUCCCAUGAUUCUCUAAGAAUCUUUGGCCAUCUGUAGCCUUGCUGGGCUUCCUUGUAUUUGUGGUUCAACAUUAACUGGAAAAUCACCUAUUGGCAUAACCUUGUCUAGAUGAAUUUACAGGGUUUUCUACAGGGUUUCAGAUAAGAAUUUCAAAUUAAGGCAAAUUUAUCAAAUUAAUUCAGAACUGUGUAUAUAUGCUCAUGUAUAAAAUGUUGCAGGAUGAGAGUAAUUUAAAUAUUGAUGUUUGAUCCCUCAUAAUCUAUCCACCUUUAAAGCCUUAAGAACACUUACUAUGAUUUGAAAGCGCUGAUGAAUUGGUCAAUUCAUCUGGUAGUUUUUAGAUCGUGCUAAAUAAUAGUUUAAAGGAUCACUAUAGGGUCAGGAACACAAGCCUGUAUUCCUGACCCUAUAGUGUUAACACCACCAGCUAGCCCCCCCUGGGCCCCUCAUGCCUCCAUAAAUAUAGCAAAAUCUUACUGUAUUCAAGCCUGAAGCUGUAGAUCUGCAUGCUGUUUGCCUAAAAACAAAAACAAAAAAAAACAAGCAGUCUGCUGACAUCAUCAGAAGUGGUAGCCUGAUCCAAUCACUGUGCUUCCCCAUAGGAUUGGCUGAGUCUUACAAAGAGGCAGAUCAGGGGCAGAUCCAGCAUGAUUCAAACACAGCCCUGGCCAAUCAGCAUCUCCUCAUACAGAUGAAUUGAAUCAAUGAAUCUCUAUGAUGAAAGUUCAGUGUCUGCAUGCAGAGGGAGGAGACACAAUGUCUGGAUGCAUUUUAGGCAGCCAUGACCCAGGAAGGAUCUCUAACAGCUAUCUGAGGAGUGGCCAGCGGAGGUAUCACUAGGCUGUAAUGUAAACACUGCAUUUUCUCUGAAAAGACAGUGUUUACAGCAAAAUGCCUGAAGGUAAUGAUUCUACUCACCAGAACAAAUUCAAUAAGCUGUAGUUGUUCUGGUGACUAUAGUGUCCCUUUAAGAUUACUGCAAAACAUAUUUAAUAUAAUCGGUCACCAACGAUUAGAAUGUUCAUUGCUAUUUUUCCCCCUAUGGUGCUUCCAUAAUACCUCCUAUUUCCCCUCUUAUGAUCUGUUCUCUGUACAGUUGAAAACAUUUAUUUCUGAGCAAUUAAAGAUCAUUUACAUCUUAACCCAUUAAGAGUACCGCUACUGCAGCUGAGAAUGAAAGGAGUCUUGGCCUAAAGCAGUGCAAACCAGUAUUUCAGAAUAAAUUCACUUAUAAACACUUAUAACAAAAUGAGUAGACAAUCUGUGUUUCUGUGCACACUACGGGUGACAAACGACAAUUUUAUGGCUACCAUUUUAUAUUCCUGUGGUGUUUUUGUCAUGCCCUGUUGUACAGCAUUUCAAGAAACAGCCAAUUAGUAAGAAAAACCUCUGCCUUGAUGAGUCGAAAGCCACGAAGUGUGUGGAAGCUGUUUGGCACCUCCAUCUGCUCCUCAAAUAUUUAUUGGAGCCAUUUAGGAAGAAAAGUUGCUUGGUUUGUGAUGAGUUUCAGAUCAUUAUCGUACACAAGGAGUCAGUGCACAUAAACCUACUGUAUCUUCUAUCGCUCGCACUGAUCCGAUCCUAGUACUCUGCAACUCCUAAUUAACCAUCUACUGUGAUCUCAUUAGCUACAUGUAAAGAGGACUGUACCUGCCAAAAUCCGUAGAGGACAAGCAAGCACACCACAGAGAUAUACUCGGGAAAAGUGGGUUUAAUUAAGAGAUUCCGAGGGAGAAUGACUUUCAUUGUUUGUCUUCAAAACAAACAUGCCUUCGAACCUGGCAGUAUUUUUAGAGAAACAUUAUUGUAUCAGUAGAUACUCCUGUGUCCUGAGGCUCUGUUACGGUCUUACACCAUUUUUAUGUUCUCAAAAAUAUGUUCAAUGAAACUUGUUCAUCUCUCCGUUCUCAGUCAGUGUUACACAUAGUCGUCUUCCUUCAAUUCCUCUAUGUGAAAGAAAAACAUGCCAUUUAAACCCAUUGACUUUUUAUUCAUGUUUAUCUUUUGCUUCAGGCAUUCCACCCUUCUGAAAGUUUUGAUGGCUAUAACAAAUUGUAUUCUAUUGUCCUCAGAAAUCCAUAUGUUACAAUACCUUACUUUCCUUCGAUAUUCUUAAACAGAACACAAUCUAUAAUUUGAAGUACCCCUUUGGGUCUUUAUCUUGUACGUAGGACAGGCAAAACAUCUUACUAUGAAAAUCUAAAAUGAGUCCCAUAUUGCUUGUGGCUAAACAUUUGGAAUUACCAUAAUUGUGUAUUUGUCAACUUUGUAUGUAUGAUCACACCUAACCAACUGGCCAUGUGUAUGACCCAGCAUUGUCUUGUAGUAAAGGAAAAGGGAAUCGAAUGGAGUAAAUCUAGACAGCCGGGGAAUUACCAAUUUCAUAGAUUAAUCUGGUUUUCUCAUAGAAACCGCAAUGGCAUGUGUAUGGGGGUCUUAUAUCAUUAAUGAAGUCCAACUCUGUAGAAGCUUUCUUUUGUUUUACUCGACUCCAGAGUUGCAUUGUUGCUUCAUAUUUUGUCUAUGGCAUAUCUAUCCUGCCUAUCUAUCACUCUAUGUAUCAUUUUAUUUACAUGUAUAGCUGUUUAUUGUUCUGUGUUCCAUCUAUUUGUUUAUUAAUACAUCUGUCAUCCAUAUGUCUGUCUAUCCCUCUGUGUCCUAUUUGUCUUUAUGUCUGUCUGUAUUCUAUAUUUGUCUCUGGGUCCUGUCUGUCUUUAGCUCCACAAAUCCAUCUAUUUAUGGCCUUGUCUACAUUUGUCUGUCUGUCUAUAUGGCUCUCUUUAUCUGAUCUUAUCUUUGUGUCCUGUCUUUCUGGCUGUUACCCCAUCUACUUCUUAUUUUCUUGCUUGCUUUAGUGGUUCGUAACAAUCAAGCCUAAGAAUACAGGAUUCUAAGCAUUUGGUUCUAUGUGUCAUAUGCAAGAACAAGUAAAUUGUCCUACUGUGAAAAUGUACAACCAGAUAUAUUUGUAUCGUUACGCUGUGCCCUAUCUGUCAGUUUAUUGUUCCAUUUAUUGUUCUAUUUAUGACUCUGUAUCCAACCUGCCUGUCUAUAUUUUCCUGUACCCUCAUUUUUCUCUAUGGUUCCUGCCUAUAGGUCUAUCAGUCCAUCAAUCUAUUUUGGUUUUAAUCUAUCUGUCACUCUAAAAAGACAGAAUAUGUCAAAUGUCAUCCACGUGAAAAAGAAUAUAGAUGCAAAUCUAAAAAGCAAAUUGACAACGUAUCACAUACAACAUUGGUAUCGUCCAUCUAUUUGUUUGUGUUUUCUCUUGUCUAUUCCUUUAGGGUUAAUUUGCCAAAUAGGGAAUUGUGUUAAAAUGAAAAUCUAGUUGCAAAAACUAGGCUGAAAUUUCUCAAUGUAAUACGUGGGGGAGAGAACUAAGAAGUAAAUUAUUUUGGUGUACAUUUUGCAAUUCAGUUUUUAUUUCUCCGUAAUCCACUGUUUAGUGACACCAUCCAUCCAUCUUGGAUGCACUCCUAUUCAGAUAACUGAUCUGCCAUCUUCUCUUAAAUAUGAUUAACGUGAAUUGUUUUAAACCUAGAGUUUAUCCACUUCAAUGUUGGCCUGGUGUGUACCAUAGAUUGCUUACCACUAACACCAAGCACUUUUGAAUUACUUUAGUGUAGAGGUUAAAUAGACUCCCGGCACUGAAUCAAUUCAAACUGGCUGAGUGUAAUAGGAGUUAGUCUGUUGCAGCUGUGCUGCCUGAGGUUGAUUAGGCCUGGCACUGUCCAUAUCUCUGAGCAACUGGAUUCUUUUAUAAAUUAAACCUUGUCUGAUCCUCAUUGAGUUACAUACUGUAUAAUCUCUUCUAGCUGAGAUUACAUGAAGUCUCAGGAAAAUCCUUUAAAUAAAUAAAUAAAUAAAAACAAUUGGGAUACUGAUUUUGGUGUUUUGUUUUAUUACGUUUUUUGUUUGAGAACAACUGACUUGUUAAUAAGAGGGAUGUUUUCUGUCAUAGUCAGCAAUUAUAUCUUGUAUAUCACUGUCUAAUCUGAAUGGUCCAUGAGAUCUUAUUAAUAUGCAUGAGAGUCUGUAGUUAGUGUGUACACUGGACCAUCGCACAGCAGCCGGAGUCUUGCAGCAGAGGGAGGGCUGUGUACAGAGGGAAGAAGCAGACACACAGAGGAGGCACAGUUGCAUUCUGUCAGCCAACUGAGCAAGGCCAAUGUGACUGGUCCCCGGACUCUGCUGCUGUCCAGGAUAACUGAACCUUUAUGUCAAAGCGGAACCUCUGCUUCAUCAGGAAGAGAUUUGUUAAAAAUGGGAUGCAGUUUAUGCAGCCUGCGGAGACCAGAUGAGGAAUACAGAUUAUUAUAUGAAGUUUGCCAGGUAACAUCAUUACAUUAACAUUUUCAGAUGGGAUUUAUGUCCAACUGCGCUUUAAAAAUUCAAGCAAUAAGUAUUCAAAAAUAUAGAUUUUGACAUAAGAAGGAAGCCAUUUGACACGUUUCAUUUGAUCAUUAGCUGUCUUAAAAUAAAAUUUAAAAAAACCCACAGGCAAUAUAUAUUAGUUGCUUUGUUGCGUCCGAUAGCAUUGUCUGUCCCAAAUGUUCUUGAACUUUUUUUAUUGUUGGAGUUGCUACCUUCUCUGCCAGAAGGCUAUUCUAUGCAUCUCAAACCUCAAGAUGCUUUAAGGACCCAAGCAUCUUACAAUGCAUUAACACCUGGUUAUUACAGUAUUUUUUUAUCUCAUUUCUAAUAGGGUAACUGUUGUUUUGGCAGAAAUUACUUGUGGUUAGGUUUUGUAUUUGGAAAGUUAGCAUUGAUUGGUUAGAUGGCUGUGUUUAUUGAUGCACUAGAUAAAUCACUAAAUGGUGAAUUGCAGGGUGUCCGUACUUUAUUUUCAAAGAUGUUGGUCAACAUAUUUUUUAAUUCAAGCAAUAUUGAAAUUUUUCUUUUCCUCCAACUUUUGGCCAUGUUGGCUUUUAUUUUGUAACUUGGUAGUCAGCUCACCAUGAACACAGUUUAGUGAAUAAGCCCCCAAGGAGGGUGCAGGCAUUCUGCAUUUGACCAUUUUAAAAAGAAAGCGUAAUUUUGAUAGACAUCCAUUAUAAUGUAGGACAAUCACUUUUUUUUUUUUUAAGGGUUGUUGAAUGUUCACAGCAUUUGUUGGCAGUUUCUGUUAGAUAAAGACUUGCAGGACCAAACUGACAUGUUCAAGAUUGUCAAAUUAUUCACAACUUAUGUGUAUGUUAUAUCAUGGUUAUGUUUUGACUUGGCUGUCAUUCUUUGGAUUGCUAUCUUGGUAAAUCAGCCUUGGUCUUACCUGAUGAUACAGACUAAUAGACUACAACUCCCAUUAGCUAACGCGCUUAAAACCAAUGGAGGGUGCCAGUUCAUUAUGCUUUGGGGGUAUCUAUCUCAAACUAUAAACAAAUAUUGCAAUUAACAAGUUUUUUUUUUUUUUGUGUGUGUGUGUGCGUGUGUGUCCCAGUUAUUCAUUCACUAAAAAGUGAAUUGAUAACCACAUUGUAAAAGUUGGGCCAUGGUAGCUACGUUGGAAAACCUAUCUUAAUUAGAGAAUGUAUCCAGCUGUUCUGAUCUUAAUUUUUCCACAUUAAGUCUUCCUAUCUCACAAUUCAGUCUAUUGUAAAUUAUCCCGUUUUUGCAAAUAAUCUCUACCCUCAAAGAAAAAGUAAGUGGUUUCCUAAAAAAUCUAAUUUAAGAUAAAGAUCCCUACUCAUUUUUGCCCUUGGCAAACAAAGUAUUGUGUGAUUAACCAACAGCAACCUCUCUCUCUCCAAUGCGGGAUGCUUUAAAGGCACAGUAGAUGCUACACAUGCAUUCUAAUAGGUUAGUGCAAAUUUCUUGGACUACUGAUCUUUGAAGAUGCUGUUCUAUCAGACAGAUGUAUUUCUCUUUGAAAUGUAACUAACACAUGCGAGUGACCUCAUAGGCAUCCUAAGACCUGUGCACGGGUUUAACCCCUUAAGGACACAUGACAUGUGUGACAUGUCAUGAUUCCCUUUUAUUCCAGAAGUUUGGUCCUUAAGGGGUUAAGGUAGAAUUCUUCAUAUGUGUUCAACAUUAGGUUUAAAGUAGAAUUUUGCACGUGUUCAACAUUGGUAUAGUUAACAACUAUAAGGCUGCAUAUGGGUAAUCAAUGCUUAGGAAGCAAAAUCAAGUCAAAGCCCCACAGAUAUUUGCCUCUAUUUUUUAGCAUGACAGAUUGCCACUAGGCUGCCAUUUUUAGUAUGUAACACUUUCACUGUCAAAUGAUGCAAACAGAGUGCAUUUCUCUUUAAAUAUUUGUGUUAAUAUAAUAUUGGAUUGAACGAUGCUGGAAUUUCUUAAUGCUAAAACACACGCUCCCUUUAUAUAAAUAUCCUAGCUGUAAGAUUUUCUGAACAUUAACUAUUAGCAGAAUUGAAAAUUGCACCAGUUUAAAACCCAUUAUGAUUGAAAUGUUUUGGUUUUCAGCCCUUUAAAAUGACAAGGAAGGUUCUUAUUUCAGAAUGAGAAUUCUUCCUUCCAGUGUAAUUUUUAAUCUUGCCAUUAGAGGGCAGUGGCUGAAAGAGAAACAAUGUUGACUUACUGUUUCCAGACAUAUGUAAGUCUAAGGGGUCUAUUCACUUAUUAAGGUAACUGAAAACAGAAUUGCAAAAUUUGAGCCAUGAUUUGAGAAAAAUGCCCAAAGUCAAGUUUAGUCACUAUUUACUGCUUAGUUAAAUGGAUACAAUAGGACUUAUCCAUGUACCUUAAAGGAACAUUUUAGUGUUGGGAAUACAAAGAUGUAUUCCUAACACUAACGUGUUCCUCAGCCCCCAAGCCCCACCGUCGUAAAGGGUCAAAUUUCAUAAAACUCCUGGAAGUGCCUCUAGAGACAGUCUUAGUGCUGCAAUGUAAUUUUGGCAGUUUCUCUAAAACUGUAAUGUUUUACAUUGCAUUGCAGUGUUAAAAGUUGCACUAAAGACACUCAGACCACUUCAACUUGUUGAAGUCUGGGUGCAGUGCCCCUGUCCCCCUUAUUCCAACAAACAUUGCAGUUUCUCUAAAACUGCAAUGUUUUACAUUGCAUAAUUAGUCUGCUUCUAGUUGCUGUAUACCAGCCAUUACAGGUGUAUCCUGCAGUUUCAUGGAGUUUAACUUGAUCACAUGACAUUAGACUGUCUCACACUUUGCAUAAGGAUGUUCAGCGUCUUGAAGAACCUUAUUGAGUCAAUGCUUUCCUAAGGGGAAGGGUGCGUGGAGCUAUUGCUGCACACGCACAUUAGAUUCCCAAAUCGCCAUGAUGUCGAUUGAGAAGGAGUCCGACACAAUGCCGAGGGAUAUUAGUGUUGGAAUUUGGUAAGUGAAAAUGGGGUUAUUAACCCUUUAUUUGCCGGGGUAAGGACACUAAAAUAUUUGGUAUGCAGAUUUGUAUUCCCAACAUUAUAGUGUUCUUUAAAGGGACUCUCCAGCGGCAGAAAAACAUAUCCUUUUUCCUGGCACUGUAGGACCCUUCAGUGCCCCUCACCCUCCCACCCCCCAUCCCAUGUUGCUGAAGGGGUUAAAACCCCUUUAGUGACUUACCUUAAUCCAGCGUCAAUGUCCCUCAGUGCUGGGUCAGGCUCCGCCCACGCUCCUACCCCGCCGACGUCAGCCGGCGGGGGAGACCUAAUGUGCAUGCGCAUUAAACCUCCCCAUAGGAAAGCAUUAUUCAAUGCUUUUCUAUGGGGAUUCCGGCGACGCUGGAAUCCCCAUGCAUAACUUGAGGAAGUCCAUCGUCAUUUAAAACACUUUUAAUUUUCUAAGAACACGAAAGACCCUCUAGUGGCUGUCUGGUAGACAGCCACUAGAGGAGGACUUAACCUUUAUUUUUGUCUUUUAUUUUUGUCUGGGUGCCUGAAGUGUCCAUUUAAUAAACCCCAAACUGGCAUUAAAACUCAGUUUCCAUAACAAAUUGUGAAAAUGUAUUGUAGAUGUUAGUAACAUGACUGAUGUGCUCAGCCUCACUGCCAUCCAAAUAUGGCUGAUAUUGAUAUUGCCAAUAUGUAAGUGGCAAGUGCUUUUGGGACCAUGCAUUAUGGUCAAAUCAUUAGUAUGGACCCAGCACCCGCAAACCUGCAGGCAUCAUAACCACUGCAAUUUACUAGCCUGUGUCUUUAAAUAAAUGUUCACUUUCAUUGCAACUUAUGAAAAGUAAUUUUUAUUUUGUGGUCAUUCCUCAUAUAAGUAGAUUUGAAAUACAUGUGCAUCUCCAUUUUAUUUAUUUUUUGCUGGCUCUUGAGAGGUAAUUCAGCGACUCUACGGUCUACGAAAGCUUUGCUUUAUUGAGAUCCUGCUGAAUACUCCAUUCUGUGUAUAACAGUGGAGUGUUCGUGCCAGGAUUUUGCUUAGAGGAGGGUAGUGAGGCAUUUUGGCCUAUUUCCCACCUGAGAGACCAGCUCACAGUGGUGCCUUCUGCAUUAGGCUUGGUGUCCUCAUUGUCCCUGUGAAUCCUAGUGUUAAGAUCAAACCAUGUCUGUCGUAAUGGUGAGCCCUUAGCAUUGCCAACUUUUCAUGCAGCCUGGCUCUGAAGACAGUCACAGACUCAGAAGUGCAUCAGGCAGAACAAACAUAAGACGUCAAUGCCUGAAUACAAUUUAACAGUUUAUGCACCAUUGAAAAAAGUGAGCGUCUCAACUGUUUAGAUUCAUACAAGUUCCUUCACACUGCAAUAUGUAUCAAGCAAAAAAAAAAAUACUAUUCAUUUAGAAUAAAGCAUAGCCAGAAUAACCCUCUAUAUGUAGUAUUUAUUGUAUUUAGAAUUAAAACCGGUAUAAAAAUCAACCACCCUGAAAGGUGGGUACUCAUAAGCAAUGCACCCCUACACUGGCGCUAGUGAGAUAUCUCACAGUAUGCCAAAUCUAUGGUGUCUGGUAUGGAUCCCAAACAGUAGCAUGGUAAUCGUACUAUUCCGCAUUAUUUAUUUAGGAAUCACUGGAUGCUUUUUUUGAUUAUCAAUCACCAAAUUAGCUAUACAUAUAUCACUGUGGGUAAUUUGUGUAGCACGUGUAAUUUUGUUUGAGAGGUGAGAGUUUAUUUUCACAUGAAAGUUCACUUUAAUAAAUUUCAGUGUGUGGAAUUAACCCCUCUGCACCUGACACUCUCACUAGACUCCUAUAAGACUUUCUGUUUUCAUGCUGGCAAAUGGAUACUGCAGCCAAAAAAACUGUUUUCAUAAAAUCCUAUCUGAGAGAGUCCUCCUCCUCAAAAUAAACUUUAAAAAAAAAUGUGCUACAACAUUGUUGAGUCCAAGUUCUCAAUGUAGCCUGACCUUCCUUGCCUGACGUCCCUCUCCCUCGCCAGAAGGGAAGGGAGGGUAGGGAGGACAGACUGAGGGAAGAGUAGAGGGGGCACGCAUGCUGUGGGUGCUGGCGUCAGACACCAAGUUUGCACAGAAUUGACAGGCUGGGUAAUGAUGCUACUGGAAGUGUAGUUACACCUCUGGCAGCCAAGGUGUGAAACACUACACAUGCAGACUUCAGACACUAUGAUCACUUAAUUUCAAGCACCAUGACUACUUCAUUGAUUUAACACCUUAACUUUUUCAUGGGAGAAAAAAAUGAAUGAAAUGGAAUUUAAAAGCCAUGGUUUGUUCAUGCACAUUAUUCACUUUUAAGAUGCAAGUUUUAAACUUCUGUCAAGGAGAGAAAAAUAUUGACAGAUCUACUGAAUGCCUGCUGGACCCAUAUUUAUUUAUAUUUCUUUUAAAUAAGCUCAGAAUUCACCAAUGUGAAAGAUAACAAAGGGGGUUAUUUACUAAACCAGACAGCGUCUAACUCUAGUCUCACCUCUGUGGCUGAGGUCAUCAAUCAAUAAGGCUGCAGGGACAGGCUACAGACACCAGAACCACUACAUUAAGCUGUAGUGGUUCUGGAGACUAGAGUGUCCCUUUAAACAUAAAAACAUAUUUUCUGGAUGUCUUUUUUUUUUUUUUUUUAUACCACUGCAAUGCACUGUAUGAUGCUUGUCUGAUUUUCUGCCAUGUAAUUUUGUUUAUAUUGCUAAUACUCUGUACUGGAGCAAGUCAUAAAUAAAAAUUAAAAAUAAAUGUAGAACCAGUGAAAUCUUGAUAGAUCAAUAUAAUAUACUAAUAUGUUUAAUAUAUAUUAUUGGAUAACUUCCUUCUUUGCCAGUAUGCACCUGUAAAGGUGUAAGUUAGUAUAUAUUAAUUUCAGACUCUGUUAAUUAUGUUUAUUGGCUGGCUGGGCAUGAUGUGAAUUCUGUGGCAUAGCAUACUCAUUCACUAACACGGAUGAUGAUGUCUUAUUACGGAGCAUGUCUCCCUACCUUAUACCUUUUUAUUCUAGUUUUGGUUCCAACCUUCUCGUCACCUUAAGCCAUGUUAAUGUGUGUCCUACUAAGUCUCUCUUUAGCCCAUGUGAAAUUUGUGAAGUUUGUCUUUGUUCUACAGGUAAAGAGAUGCAAGGUUCAGAGCAGCUGGAAAGUGGUAUAUCCUGCUGGUGCCAGUAAAUUCUGUGUGUCUACACAUUAUCCCACAUGCAUAAACCAUGAUAUAUUAUCUGAUUUUCUAUUAUCUGCCAGCUGUUUUUUCCCUUUAUGUUACUCGAAGUAGAGACUCGCCCAGUUGUCACCAUGAAAUCCAGAUGCUGACAGUAGAUAAGGAUUGUUUGACUUCCAAAUCCUUCUGUCCUACUCACUCCUUGACCUCUGCCUGUACUGCAUGUACCCUGAUGUAUAACCUAAAUAAUUUUAUAUCGUACACUUAUAUACAAAGCGGGGUGGCCAAUUGAUUGCCAGCUUGGCAAAGUGUCUUACAAGAACAACCUACUACCUACUUAAUUGCCACUCCUUAGAUAUGGUUUAGCAAACAUAUAGAAUUUAAAAAAGAAGUCUGUGUAAUUUAGAGGUUUAUAAAUAUUACUUAAGAAAUAAAUCAAAGACUAUAUAUGUUUUGGUGACUACUAAAAACAUUUUCUGUAAGUCCUGGCAUCUUUGUCAAACUUGCUUUGCAACGUCUACAGGGAGAGUAUUCCAUGAUUGAUGAGUGCCAGAGAAUCGUGGCAAUCUCUUGGGUACAGUUCCUUACGUAACGCUUCCUUAUGGAUGUUGUGUUUUUAAAAACAUCAUUUUAUUAACUUGUGGUGAUGUUUCUUGGGAGUGUAACUCCUACUAAUCUCAGGCAGACCAGUUGGUGUACAUCUAAAUCUGCCCAAUAUUAUGGGCCAUGAAAUGUAUGGAGAUUGUCUGUGCCCUUUUGUUAAUUCAUAAUGGGGAAUAAUUGCAUGGAUUAUGUCACCAUGUGUGCAGUAUGGAGGAGAUAUGUGUAUGUAUUUAUGUCUGUGCCCCAAAUACAGGAGACUGUAUCACAUUCUGGGGUACUAAAGUUUUGGUAUAUUGCAAUUUCCAAGCACAAGUUAAUCUGUGCUCAAGCCUAGUAGUCUACAGGCAGCCAAAGAGGAUCAAAUAUACCAGUGCUUAGCUUGAAUUCCCUCCUUCAUCCUCUAAUAACUCAAAGAGCCUCUCUUCAUUAAGGGAUUUGGCUCUCUGCCGGCAAUUUCAUCUUUAGCCGCUGGCUGCUUAAUGAUGCAAAACAAUAUUCCCGUCUUUUGUCGUGCAAAUACCUCAUUGUACCUUUAAUCACAUAAUAAAGGGCAUAUUAAGGCACCUAGUCAUUAUAGAUUGCGGGUGCAUUUUCAUGUAGAGCCAAGUGGUGCCUUAUUUGAUGGAUGUUGCACAUUACCUGUAGGCACCCGCAGAAUAAAAUUCCUGGGUACUAAGUAAUCAAACUGUUCAGGGCCAGUGUAAGUGCAUGGGCUAGUUCAUUUAACUUUAUUUAAUAAUAAUAAUAAUAAAAAAAAUAAAAAAUGUUGUUCAUAUUUGCAACAAUAUGCAGCCAAACGUAUAAGGAUUCCUGCUCAUCUCCUUUAUGUGGAGUUAGCACUGUGUGUUAUGAGUGUCCACUAUUUUGGAAAGGUUUUUGUAUUGCAGGGUUAUCGCCAACAUGUGGAAGGAACACUUUGGUUUUUAGAAUACAAACCUAAUACCCCUGCCCUGGUUCAAAAGAUGUAUGCCACCCUCCUCCCUGUGUGCCAUAAAAAAAAUUAAUACAAUCAAAGUUUUAUUUAACUUUUUUUUUCACUGCUGAGGUUUGCACAGCGCUGUUAACCUCUCUGCCUCCCACAACGGCAUCGACAAAGCAUGGCCACCACUGCGAUGGUCCAGUCCAAUGCUCCUCAUAAAAAGCAUUGUAGACCUAAUGCACAAUGUACAGCGAGCGCUGAAUAAGCAUCCAAGCUUUCCUUUAGGAAAGCAUUAUACUCUGUUUUCCUAUUGGCCAUCUGCAUCAUGUGACUGAAGCGCCUCUAGUGGCUGUCCUGAAGAUAGCCACUAGAGAGGAAUUUAAACCUGCAAUGUAAGUAUUGCAGUUUUAUUUUUUUUUAUUUUUUUUGUAUGCAAUGUUUUACAUCAUUGCAGUGUUAAAAGGACCUGGACACUGCACCCAGACCACUUCAUUGAGAUCUUUGUCAGCUAUUUUUUUUUUUAACUUGAGCUAAAACUUUGAAAUUCACUUUAAAUCCCUGGCAAUUCAUACUUUAGUGUAUAACGCUGUAGAUAUAACAUAGCUGAAUGGUAUAUACUUUCCUUCAGUCAUAUGUUAAGAGCCACUGUCCUUGGAAAAAAAUGUAUCAUUCUCUUUGUGAAGAAGUUACUCAUUGUGUCCCAAGUCGACCUUUCUUCAGGUCCAGCUCAUCUCCUUAGGACAAUUAACAAUAGACUCAGGUCCUUGGAGGGUAUAUGGAGUCCAAGGGCACAGUGAUGUUUGACCACUUACAUUUGAGUGGUGGGUUGACAAAAGACAAAUUGUAAGCAAAAAGAACCUCUUGGUUAUGAACUUUAAAAAAAUAAUAAAUAAAAUUACGAAUAGCAAGUACUAAUGAGAAUUAUACAUUUUUAGACUGCGUUGAUCAUCUGUAUUGUGAAUAAACCCAUACAUUUUAUAUGUAAAGCCAGAGCAGUAGAGACACCUGACAAUUUUGCAAUCUCUUAUUCUAUUUCAGGCAACAUAUAUGAACCUAAAAUUGCUGAGACAUGUUUUUCUUUUUAUCUGUAUUUAAUGUUUUUUGUAUUCACAAUUUAUUGAUGCUGCUACACAGAGUAGUAUUUUUCUGCGUUUCUGUAGGUCUGAUUAAGGCGAUUUCUUUGUGUAUUCUAUAUCCAAAGCUUCACUGGUGCUACUGUGUAAAUGGCUGUCUUGAGUUUUCUGUUGCAGAACACAGAGAGAUUAAAUUACUCAUCGAUAUCAAGCAGUACAGCUCUUUGAUUUGAAAAAUAAGAAUUCUCUUGACAUGAUACAGUUUAGCAAACAACCAUGCCAGCCCUUUAAACAUGGCAUUUGCUGCUUCCCUACUGCACGUGUCACUGGUUCAAAAUGACUGAAAACGAAGUCUAAUAUAAUUUUAAAAUAAGAUGAAGCGUCACGAGGAAAAAAAGGCUAGCACAAGUUAUAGGUGAUAUUCAGUGUUUUGUUAAAUGAUUUAAUUUCCACAGAAAUUACAGUUCCCUUUUUAAAUAAUGUAUAUGAAUGUAACAUUAUGUAGGAGAGUCCUGAUUGCUGUAGUCUAAUAUAUUCUGUGUCUUUUGAACUAUAAGCCUAUACUGUAAAACCUUGCACCACAAUUUUUUAUUGCGUUCUCAGAUUAUUAUUAUUAUUAUUAUUUAUAUAGCGCCGACAAAUUCUGCAGCGCUUUACAGUGUGUGGACUAACAGACAUGUAGUUGUAGCCAGACAAGCUGGACACACAGGAACAGAGGGGUUGAGGGCCCUGCUCAAUGAGCUUACAUGCUAGAGGGAGUGGGAUAAAAUGACACAAAUAGGUAAGGAUAGUAUUAGACUAGUUACAGUUGCAGAAGAGGAAUCAGUCAGGAGCUAUUAACAGUUUAAUUGAUACACUUUUAUGAAAAAGUGGGUUUUCACAGUUGUUUUUGAAGGAGUGGAGACUGGGUGAGCAUCUUACGGAGGAGGGAAGGGAGUUCCACAGAUAGAUGUGAGUUGCUUAAAAUCCACAGCAGGGGUGCCCAAUUGGGUAUUUCCUUCUUGCAUCAAACUCCAAUUUCCAUUAUCCAAGAGAAUAGCUGAGAAUGAUGGGAUGAAAUCUAUGGGUGCUUUCUUUUAUAUUUUUUUAUUGGGGAUGUAAUCGUGCAAUUACGAAGCGCAUGAAUUUGCAAAUGGAAACUCACUCCAAUAACAUUAGCUUACUAAGUUAUGGUUCAUGAGUGUCCAGGUGCUUUCUUACCUUCACAUGUUACAUUGUUUUGACAACAGCUGAACCCUAAAGUUGUGGCUCUGGAACAUAUACAUAUUUAUUACAUCGGUACAUGACACUGCUGCCUUCUAGCUUAUUUUCCUCUCUACUGUAGUACUAGAAAUGAAUAGCCAGUGGUUGCUGAAAAGUUAAGAGCAUUAGCUGAUGCUCUCAGACUAAACAAUUCUUGUGUAAAUGUUGCCAAACCUGUUCCUUUGCCAUUUAAUCCUUUUUUGUUUGUCUGGUCCUGCAAGCAGUGGUCUCAUUACCUCUGCUCCUUUCUUUGCAGGUAAGUGCUGUGUGUUUUAUUUAUUUAGUCAUGCAUAUCUAGGCAGUUAGGGCCUACCGCAAUUGGAGUACUUUGGCGCAGUGGUUGGCUGCAUACAUCUUGACCAUUUACAGUAUGUAUGUCUAAAUCUACAAUGUUGUACAUGUAUAGUACUUAGUUAUGUCUCCUCUUGUUUUGCCUUGCAUCUCUUGUUUUAUUUUGUCUUCCCAGUUAAUGUACAGUCCUGUCCUGUCCUGUUCAUGUUUCCCUCAUGUCUUGUGCACAUGUUCUGCUUUCUGUCCUGCUCUGGUUCUGGGUUCUUAUAGUCUUGUCUUGUUUUCUUGUUGAGUGCCUGUUCUAGUCUUGCCUUGUUUCUGUAGAUGAUACAUAUCUGCUGCAGGGCCCCCCUAUCCAGUUCCUGGGAGGUCUGCAUAUCAUCAAGCUCCUAGCUCUUGAUCAGCAGAAUCUGCAUCAGCGACCUGGUAUGUGGCCGCACAAAUGCUGGUGCUCAACACCCGGGGGGCGUGUGGUUACCCUGCAACAGGCCCUGAUCGUUCUUUUCACGCUGAGACUCCCGUCAUCAUCAUCAAGCACUCAGGGGUCCCGGUCUCCGUACCGCCACCCGUGACAGCCAGUUGAUGGGCUAAAAGCGCCAGCUGACCCUCUGUUUAUUAAUGGCAACCCGACUCUCCCGACUGCACAGCAGAAAGGAGACAGGAGUGCCAUGCACUGGAGCCAUAACUUUGGAGUUCAACCAUUGCCAAUUCUUACCUUAAAGCAGAUGAUGGGCAACCUUCGGCACUCCAGAUGUUGUGGACUACUUCUCCCUUAAUGCUCUUACAGCCAUAAGACUGGCAAAGCAUUAUGGAGGAUGUAGUCCAAAACAUUUGGAGUGCUGAAGACUGCCUAUCCCUGCUCGAAAGGUAAGACUGUGUUUGGACACUCCUGCCUCCUAAGCGUAAGUUGUUAUGGGGGUGGGAGUGUUUAAUGCAUGUUCUCGGUCAUUUCACAUUAAGAAAAUCAACUAAAUCUAACGGUAGCCAGGGGGUAUUUUCCUUUAAAGCUGUUGCAGAAAGUCUGUAAGGUCUUUCAUAUCCAGGGUUUUAUCUUUUUGUUUUUGUAAAAGUCAAACCAUCUUAACCUUGUUAGGAAAGAUUUUUGUUAUAGACUUUGGAAAUAUUACAUAAUAAUUAGAUUUAUAGCUCCGAGGAGCAGAGAUGGCCAACUUCCCACUGCAGAUGUUCUAGAGAUGAAUGUCACUUUCCAUGAUGCCGAGCUGACUUUUAGAGUGGCGCAGAGCACCAUGGGAAUUUAAUUAACAAAUAUCGGUAUUGCCAAUGUUAGUCAUCAUUGGCUUAGAGAUACAUAGUAUGUAAAAUGGAUGACAGAUUCCUUUCCAUCCGGUAUAACAUAUAAAUAUAACAUGAAGCACAUUUGGCAAACCUAAAUGAGCAUGUUCUUUUGUAUUAAAAUGUUAGUAUUAAUAACAUAGUUACAUUUAUAGUUGAAGUGCCAGCGCAUUUUGCAAAGAAUCAUAAUGGCACUUGAUUAUUGAGGUAAAUUUGAGGUUUCAAUGAGGAAUCCGCUUAUUGGUCACCACUGAUAGACUGAGAUCAUAUGUACCUUCCUUGCCCAGUUUUGUGAAUAGAGAGCUAAUGAUAGACUAGAAGCAUCUGCCUCAGACAACCAAUAAAAUCAGGGGGUAGAAUUGAUGGGCACUGUCUUUAUAACUCUGGGGUUAAACCAUUCAUAAGCUGUUUAUCCCCUUAAGGUAAAAUGGUACCCAGGACCUCCAGGAACCAUGACAUAGUUGGGAUUAAAUUGUUAUGCUGUUCAGACCUCCUGUAAGACUGGUUUGAGAUCACUGAAUUACUAUAAAUGAAGAAUAAUAAUUUUGGUUGUAGUUAUUUCUUCAUAACCACUGCACAAAAAACUAAGAAACCUGUAGAAAUAUAGUGGAACCCUAUGCAAACCAAUAUUCAUUUCUAUGAGCUUUAAUGUUAGAAUUGUAUACUGAAAAAAACCCUAUGUGAUUAAUCACAGGAGCAUCCAUAGGUAUAAAAUAAUCUUCCCUUUUUAAAGAUGCUCACCUAAUAUAUUCCUGAAACAGGUUGCCAAAAGAACAGCCUGCUUAUUCCUUGUAGCAUCCAUGCAGUAGUCGAACAAUCUAGCAACGGUCGACUUUACAAAGAUGUUGGGUUGGAGGCUUAUUCACAAAUCGUUUUUAGAUCCCUGCGUCUUCAAGAGUAGGAACUAUGCCAUCAGGGAUCCAGGCCUCCUGCUAGAUGUUCUAAAAAAUGAGUUGUGCAAAGCACUGUUCAAUAUUUUCUAAUAUUCAUCAUGGAUCCCUAACUGUAACCACAUUACUUUAUUUUAGAGCAUGAUUCCCCUUCUGCUUGAGUUCUUCGGUUAAUCUCUAAAAAUAUGACUCACUCCUCAUUUGCUAUUAAACAUAACUGUCUUUUCUGUGUUACCCCCAAAUGCUCUAGCCUCAAUCUAAUUUUCUCCCUUGCCCUUUUUUUCUAACACCCCUUCCCCUUGAUUUCUUUCAUCUUGCAUAGCACUUGGUACACGUAUGGAACAAAUAUGGUCUCAGCUUCUGGCACCACAGAUGUUGAUGGCCUACAAUUCCCAGAAUUCUUUGAAUGGAAUAGAUUGGCAUCUAAUCAUGGGAGUUGUAGUUCAGUAAUAUUUGGGGGAGAUAUAGUUUGAGAUCCCCUAGAUAUAUUAUAGGCGUAUACACAGUCAAUUUAUACCAAUAUGUCCACUUACACACCAUACACUCAGAAAACCAUUACCCAUAAAAUAAUUGCUAAACGUUAAGUGCUCUAGAUAAGACUGCGGCAUAAUAUAUGUUAAAUAGAUAGAUAAAUCCUUGUGGUUUUUUUUUGUUUUUUUUUUAUCCUUCUAAUCCAGUCCAAGCCUUUUAAUUUAAGUACGGCCGUUAAAGACCUGUAAUUCUUAGAGAAGGAGCAUUGCUUACAAAAUAUCAACUUGUACUUAAACAAUUAUGGGAUCUUAUCUCACUAUCAUGAAAGACAGUGUAUGUUUGCUUAAACAAAACUUUUUAACUUCAGGUAUUUCCAUCACAAAGUGUUUCAGUGAUGGGGGGGAAAAAAGCUAGCAAAAUCCCCGGCUUCACAAACGAGAGGAUACAUAAUCUUUAAAAAUAAACAAAAAAAUGUGGAUCUCUAAUGAUUGCACUGUAUCUCUGUUGCUCAGUAUCUCCACAUCACUAAUUAGACAUUCAUCAGAAGUUAGCAAUUGAAAUUUUCCUCUUGACUUGCGGAUAAAUAAUGCAGCGGCUCUGUAUGAAUCCCCUCUUGGAAAAGUAUUUUAUUACACAUAAAUCCGUGUGAAUAAAGGAAUACGCAGUUACGAGCCUGCGAACAAUUAAACAGUCAGCUUGAAACAAAGUGUUGAGGGCUCCUGAGACAAAUCCAUUCUUAUAGAAAACAUACUCAACAUAUUUUAAGCUACUUAGAAUAUCACUUGUACUUGUUUGAUUUCAGAGAAUAUGAGAGCUGUUAAUUAUUUUUUUUAUUGUUAUGGUUUAAGGUUUUGUGCAUUUUUAGAAUGAAGCAGAUAGCUCCAAAGAAGAAGAAAGUGGCUUGGUUGUGGUAGAAUUGGAGUAUGUUAAUUGAAUUAACCUUUCUUUAUUAAUAAGUGCAGAGAGUUAUUGUAUUUGAACCAUGUUGGAUUCAUUUUUUAAUGUUACCAUUGUGAAUUUGAUGGAAAUAGCUUAUCUUUGGUCCACCAGCUUCCGUGGACCAUACCAAGAUGCAAGUAGGAAUAAUUUAUGCAGUUGUGUGUAGACGGCAUAACCCAUAUGGGAGCAACAUUCAAUUACUUGUUCUAGAUGCAUUUUGAAUUAGAAGUUUUUAAACAAAAAGCUAUUUUUCAAUGUGCAACAUACUUACACUUCCAACCAGAACAUGGACAAGUAGUAGAUACUGAUAGGAGUACUGGCCAAGAUAUUGUACCUUUUCCAAGCUGCAAUCAUGGGUUAAGCUGGCAAAUUUAAGUAAUUUAUCCAAAAUUUAGGUGGGGGUAUAAGGCAAAUUACAGGUAGCAAUGUUGGACAAGAUACAAUUCCUUGAGCAGUAUGUUAUGUGGGACAUACAUUUUUGGAAGUUAAAUCGAAUACAGACCGAACCCCAGUAGCUAUGGUCCAUCAUGGGAAGGGAACAUUGGAGGGGUAGGUUCUGGCGACCCAGUAAGAUGACCCUCCCACUGGGAUUUGUAUCUUGCAGGGUCCCUUAAUGCUCAAUUUUCCUUCCCAAACUCACUUUUUUUUCCUCUUCUUCGUUUUCCUUUCAAAACCUUUCAGUAGAAACAGCAAAUGGCUUGAGUCACAUGUGGCUUUUAUGGGCAUGCCACACUGCUGCAUUCAUGUGUAUAAACAAUCAAGUUUCUCUCCAAUUCUGCAUUAUUAAGGUAUAGUGCAUUCUUUCCUCUGUCACAAAGCAUUCUUACAUCUUCAUACAUUUUCUACACAAUUUUUGAAUACAUAUAAGAUCUGCUCACAUUGCUGCUAAUAACUGCUAAUAACUGCCACAGGCCACAGGCAUAUUGUUUUCCUGACCCUAUAGUGUUAACUCCACCAUCUAGCCCCCCUUUCUUCCCCUAAAUAGAUCAAAAGCUUACGUUUACUCCAGUCUGCUGCUGCUGGCUCUGCCUCUGAUCUGCCUGCUUGGCUGACCUCAUCAGAAGUGGUGCUGUGAGCCAAUAACAAUGCUUCCACAUAUGCCUGAGACUGUCAAGGAUACAGAGCCAGCACAAGCCAAACACAGCCCUGGCCAAUCAGCAUCUCCUUAUAGAGAUGUAUUGAAUCAAUACAUCUCUAUGUGGAAUGUUCAGUGUUUGUGUGCAGAGUGUGGAGACACUGAAUGUCAGUACUGCACAGUGUGUAGCACUGCCCCAGGAAACAUCUCUAGCAAACAUCUGAGUGGCGGCCAGUGGAGGUAUCCCUAGGCUGUAAUGUAAACACUGCAAUUUCUCUGAAAAGUCAGGGUUUACUGCAAAAGGGGAAUGAUUCUACUCACCAGAACAGAUUCAAUAAGCUGUAGUUCUGGUGAUUAUAGUGUCCCUUUAACAAAACUGCAUAGCGUGCAAGGCCUGAAAAAACAAAACACUGCUUUAAACUAGUAAGGAGUGAGAGCACUGUCAGUAUUUGCAGUGCAACCAUCCCCUGUUCCUUGUUAAAUAAGUAGGUGUAGCGAUCACAAAACCACAUGUGGCUUAUUCAGUAGACAGUCAGUUGUGGUGAGUUGAGAAUUGCUUUGCAAAAUGUAGACCUGCAUAGCCAAGUUUAAAAAAAUCCUUAUUAUUCUCAUGUAGCCAAAAGAGAGCUAAUUUACUUAACAGACCCUCCAUGUCCAGUCUGUAUAACUGGGUCUCCCUUUCCUCUGCUCUGUAUCAUUCUUGACAAGUGCUCAGGAGAGCCCUGCCAAGUACUAUGCUGAUGUAAUGUCACAUCUCUCUUAUAAGCCCAUUGCUCAACUUCAGCCUUCUCAUCCCCCACCCGCUUAUACAUCUGCUUACUUCUGUUUAGCAGGUGGCAGGGAGGGGCACGUCUCAUUGCUUGUCACAUAGGACGGCAAAAUGAAACAUAUGGAACAGUAAAAUUGUGCAAAACACAUAAACGACUUGCCCAUAUUAAUUAAUUAUUACGGAGAAGUUCACAUUUUAUUCUUGUUGCCGGCAAGGUAGUGUGCAUAAUGCAUACAGAAAAAGGAACAUUCAUAAUGUAUCCGUCAGGGUACUUUAAUUAUAUCAUGAAAUGUAUGUGAGGUUAUUCUGUGUCACAGCAGAAUCUGUUUAUACUGUUCUGGAGAUCAGAUUAAUGAUAUGUCGAAUAUAUUCUAGGCGGAAGUGGUUUUUGGCUAUUGAAGUAUAGAAAUACAUUUCUAUACAUCUUUACAACAGGCACUUCUGCAAUGCUUAUAGUUUGGAUUUUAUUAUACAAACAAAUAUUUUCCCACCCCAAUUUGUUGAAAUUUAAAAUAUAAAGCAUAUAACAUGGACACCCCAAUAUUUUUAUGAUGUCCAACACCUAUCAUGUACGUUAUAAGAAAAGAGGCAUUUUAUUUGGUCUAAGUAUUUUGAAAAUAAAGGGUUUGCUAUAGACCGUGUACCCCUGAACACAUGCUAAUUCACCCGAGAAUAGACCUCUUUCUGACAAUCUGUCCUUCCUCGAUUCCUUUCGGUUCAUUUUGAGACUCUGCCCUAUUUCCAUGGGAAUCUGUCAAUUCAUGCAGAGUCUGUAACUAAACCAUGGAAAUAUGUCCACUCAUUCAGACACCACAACUUCCAUGCCCUUGAGAAUAUGACCAGUCAAUCUGAAAAUCUAUUGAUUACCCUUAGAAUCUGCUAUUGAUUCUGACACACUUCAUAUUUACCCUAACAACCCCAACAUCUCCUUAUUUCCCUUAUGUAUUGUCAGUUUGUCUCUUCACCCUGUGCUGGUUAGAAUCUCGCCUUUCACUGAAUCAGCGUUGUAUCAUUUGGGGGAAAACCCUGGAGUCAAAUAGACUUUCUUAUAAGAAAAUGUAUCAAUACAAAUACAUGCAUACAAUACACUUUGAGAAAAUUCUGAUUUAAAAAAUAAAUCCGUAUAAAUAUAUAUAUAUAUAUAUAUAUAUAUAUAUAUAUAUAUAUAUAUAUAUAUACAAAACCACAAGAUUGUGUGUGUUUUGGGGAGGGGGGUGGAGUGUAAAUAAAGAAAGGAAAAACAAAAAUAAAAUCAGAGUUUGUAAAACUCUUAGGCCAACUUAAAAUAUACCUAAAGCUACACUCAGCCAGAAGCUUUGGAACAGAUCUUUUUCAAUCUGUGGAAAAGGAAAGAAUCCAUGCAAUUUAUCUUGAACACAAAGGUUGAUCGUGAGCCAUUUACCACCUCAGAGCUAACAGUCUAUUAUUACACAACACGAUUCAGUUUGCUAAACAGAAUGACUGUCUGUCUAACUAAAAGAAAAGACGGAUUAAGCAGAUACGCAAGCAGAGUUAACCAGUGCCUCAAAUCUACUUUUCUGGAAUCCAUGAGUGAAAGGACAUAGGCGAAAAUAGAGAUUUUGUUUUCUUUUUCUUCUUCUUAGAAUUCCGCUUCUUACAAACUAACUAAAGAUGUUUAUUAGAGCAGAAAAGGGGGUUUGGACAGAAAACAAGUGUCUACACUGGACUGUGAACCUUGCUUUAGAGUACACCGUUUCCCAAGGAUUUACCCAAUUUUAGAGAAUGUUUACUCAUUACGUAAAAUAAAAACGUUUCCUCGCCGACAUAUAGAAAUAAGACAGCCUUCAAACCGUCAAAUGCAUACAAAUGUUUGCUGUUCAUGCUUGUAAAUGGGGGGUGGGGGGGGUGAGGAGGGAGGAAAUAGGACAGCUUCAAAAAAACACAAAAGAGAUUUGUAGUCAGGAAAAAAAGUGUGUGUGUUGAGUGUGUCCCCAUGUUUUUUAUUUUUUUUUAAAAGGUGCAUAUUUCAAUUAAAAUGACCCUUUUAGGAAUUAACCUGGUUACACCCCCUGGUUAUCAAGCAGACCAGUUCUGUUGCUUCCUGGUUUCAUUAGCUCAGUGGAGCUAAACUCAAGAGGCAGCAACUUGAGCUGCAUUGGCAUGUCUGUGAUUGGACAACUACAGAAAGUCUGGGCCGAGUAGAAGAGGAGGGAUUGCAAAUGCAGCAGACAAGAGAUCUGCAGCUUUUGCAAGCAGUAUUUAGAUAAAACGCCAAUGAAAAAAAUGCAUUAUUAAUUGCAUAGUGAUUUUUAUUUUGUAUUUGAGCAGUGGAGUGUUCCUUUAAAAGUGGCUUUCAAAAUCAAAUUCCAUUUGUAUCUGCAAGGAGAUUUUGAAAAGCAACAUACAAUUGUUAAAGCAGAACGGUCACUGUGCUGGGACCGAUGGCCAGGGGGUGGGAAAAUCUUAGUUCAACUUACCUGAACCUGUCCCUAGUGGGCAUCGGCAUCUUCUUCUGCUCGCCAGGACCCAACAUCAUUGCUGUACUCUGACACAUGCGUGAGAGUACAGCAUUGACGUUUAUGGAGGGUUCCGCAAGACUCUUCAUAAAUAUAUCCAAUUCGCUGCAGCCAUCACUGGUGAUGACUGGGAGAUUGACACUUCUGGACAGUGGUAGUUCAGCCCAGUGUCUAGAAGUGUCAGGCGUAGGAAAAAAUACUGAAGUAAAUAAGUCUCUUGACUGGGUUGGAAUUUCAGUGAAAUACUAAUUUUGCAGAAGGGGGUGACAAGCAUUUAGUCAGAUACUUGACAAUCAGACCAAAGGUGAGUAGAGCUAGCUGUCAGAAAUGAGAGUGGGAAAGGUAGACAAAUAUUUUUUUCAAAAACUUUGAUAUAAAUUAAUUAAAAUAAAUGCGAUCGUAUAUUAUUACAUAACAUUUUUGCUGACACUUCCUUUAAUCUUUAAUACCUUACAAAGGGGAACAGUGUAGAGAAGAAUAAAAUAGCAACAUGACAAACAAUAGGAUUGUGGAAGGUAUAGAUAAAGGCACAGGCUGCUGGAUGGAAAAAAACAUUAUUUUAACACUCUAAACCAUGGGUAGUCAACCUGGUCCCUACCGCCCACUAGUGGGCGGUUUGGGAUUUCAGGUGAGCGGUGGUGGGUUCUGCAGAAAACGCCCAGUGGGCCUCGAUGGCCCUGGACCAAGGCCGUCAGGGGAGAUCCCUUAAUCUCCCCUGCCGGUCCCUGCAGUCAGCCUUGCUGUAAGCCCUCUCGCUGGUGCGGAGAUCAAAGCACUUAGUUCCAGCAGAGGGAGGGAAGGGCCUGGGGGGCUCUGUGUUCCUCCCGCGAGCAGGCUGGUCAGAGCAUUGCCGUGUGCUGCACUCGUAGGAGGACAGGAGUGUCAGCCUGAGCCAGAGGAGCUGCAGGCUAAAGUGAACAUGCCACCACGGGACCACCAGGGCUUGCGGUAUUAUGUCCCCCCCGCCCUGGUAAAAGGUAAGAAGAAAGGAGGGGGAGACAUUAACAUAGACUUUUACAUCUCACCCACCCACACAAAGCAUAGACCUUAUGGAUCCUUCACACACAAACACACACUACACCCCUUACACACACUGCCCCCAUCUCACACACACACACACACACUGCCCCCUCACGCACACACACGCACUGCCCCCUUCACACAUGUACUGCCCCUUUCACAAACGCACAGCGCCUCACACACACUGCACCCUUCACCCACAUACAGCCCUCCACACCCACCACUCACACAGCACCAUUCACACAAUCAGCACCUCACAGACACACAUAUAAAAAAGGAGAAUAGAAAAAAAUAGAUAAAUGUAAGUACAUUUAAAAAAAAGAAAAAAAUCCUCAUUUCUAAAAAAAAAAAAAAAAAUGUUAAAUUGCACCUGCGCUAUAAAAUUAUUCACUGCGUCCCUGGUGGACAGUAAGGACAUUUUACCAUCAACAAACAUACAAAAGUGGGCGGUAGGUAUUAAAAGGUUGACUACCCCUGCUCUAAACUGUCUGGAAUUAGAUCAUAAAGUGUCAGUCUGGUGCUACUUUGUCCAUUUAAAAUCCAUUUGUCCAUUUAAAAUGUUCGGAGGUAGAGCAAAGAGGAACACUUUGAAUGGAUCCUAUAGUGCCAGGAAAACAAACCCGUUUUCCUGGCACUAUAGGGUUAAUAGGUCCCCCCCGCCCCCGGCCCGUUCAAACCUCUUCAGCCACUUACCUGAAUCCAGCGCUGGUGUCCCUUGGUGCUGGGUCAGGCUCUGCCCACGCUCCUCGCGCCAAUGGCUUCGCAGGCAAUAGAUCUCCCCAUAGGAAAGCAUUAUUCAAUCUUAGACAGCCACAGAGGGCAGACUUAGAGCUGCAAUGUAAACAUUAGACUAGUUUCUCUGCAGCAUUGCAGCACUAAGUGCAAAAGGGACACAAUAAGUUGAAGUGGUCUGGGUGCCUACAGUGUCCCUUUAAUUUUAGGGGUCGGGCCAGGGGUGGAGCUGUUUUAAGAAGAUUUAGGGGACUUACUUGUAACAUUUUAUGCAACUAAAAUGUAAUUUAUAGCAAGAACAAUAUAUCAUAUUUACACAUUCAUUUCUAGACACAUUUAUUGUAGUUCUAAACACAUAUUACAUAUUUUUAUGUUGCACACUCAUUCACACCAACAAUAUGGAGCUCAAAGAAUAGAGGAGCAAAUGGAUUUGUGCCCCCAAAAUGGACGGUCUCUUCUAGAUCGGGACACUUGGGUGUUAUGCAUAGCUCCCAUUGAAAACAAGUGAGGACCAUGAUCAUCAGAGUGAUCUCACUCGCUUCUUGAUACCUGCUAACAAAACGGCAGGAGGAGCAGAUUGUGAAUGUUUACUUCUAAAAGAGAAACAUUUCAGUGGUAUUUAAAAUCAGUCACUAGCGAGUGUUGAUCAAAGGGACAUCUGAGAAUGUAUCGGUUUAUGGCAUAAGCAAAGAAUUCUAUUAGGGCAUAGGUCUAGAAAAGCAUUAUGGCAGUUAUAGAUUAACUAAUUAUUAAAGGAACACUAUAGGGUAAGGAACACAAACAUGUAUUCCUGACCUUAAAGUGUUAAAACCACCAUAUAGCCCCUUCUGCCCCCAUAACUAUAGUCAAAUCUUACUUGUAUUCAGGUCUGCAGCUGCCGUCUCUGCUCCGGAUGUGCCUGCUUAGCUAAAAUAAACAGAAGUGAUUCUCUGAGCCAAUCACAAUGCUUUACUAUAGGAUUGGCUGAGACUGUCAAUGAGACAGAUCAGGGUCAGAGCCAGAACAAGCCAAACACAAUCCUGGCCAAUCAUCAUCUCCUUAUAGAGAUGUAUUAAAUCAAUGCAUCUCUAUGAGGAAAGUUCAGUGUCUGCAUGCUGAGGGUGGAAACACUGAAUGGCAGUACUGCACACUGUACAACAAUGCCCCAGAAAGCACCUCUAGUAGCGAUCUGAUCUGAGGAGUGACCAGUGGAGUUAUCCCUAGGCUGUAAUGUUAACACUGCAAUUUCUCUGAAAAGACCAUGUUUACUGCAAAAAGGGAAUGAUUCUACUCCCCAGAACAAGUACAAUAAGCUGUAGUUGUUUAGGUGACUAUAGUGCCCACUUAAGGGUAUAUUUUUUGUCAACUCAUUAAAGUCACUGCCUACCUGUGAUAUUUCUUGCAAUACCCAGAAUGUGAGUCUUUAUUUGCAGCUGUACACAGACCCAGGCUGGAGGAGCUAUACAUCAAUCUAGGAUAUCGGUAAACAGCCAAGGGAUAUUGGUUCAAAUACAUCUUCAAAAUUGCUUAUGUUCAGUUGUCAUUAGCUUUGCAAUGAAUCUUAAAAAUUAAAGAGCAGCAUCUGCUCCCAGCAGGAAGAUGGAAGCCCUCAUGAUGGGGUGUCAGAUGUGGGAGCAAAGAACGGCAACACCUUUAAUGCAAACUGCAAUUCUAUGGAAAAGCUGAUGUUCAUAUUUAUAAGUAAAGGUUAUGCGUUUAUUUAUUCAGCCUUUUGUGGUUCUAAGAGUCAAUGCAUGUUACAAACUGAAAUCAAUGUGGGAAACAGAGAAAAAUAAGAAGCUUCAUUGAUUUGAAAUCUUAUGUUCAUAAUAUCUAUGUUCUUUGUGUUUUCAACCAUUCAAAAUUAUAUUUAUCUAAUACUAGCUGUAGUUUGAGUUCAAUUAAAGGAACACUGUAGAGUGAGGAAUACAAACACUAUAGUGCCCCUGUCCCUAGUUAGAUUUAGUUUCCUUAGUGUUUUUUUUUACUGUUUUUUUAAAGCUUUUUACUCCCUUUUUUCCGGUGCUGCUGACCUCUCUGCUUCCAGCGACGUCAUGGAGGAGGCAUGGCUUCCUCGUUGCUGAUCCAAUUCAAUGCUUCUCAUAGGGAAGAUUUGGGGACAUGAUGUGCUGAGUUUACAGACAAUGGUUUUUAUUCAAUACUCUCAUAUGCGCUUCCACAUCACACGAUCCAUUCAAAGUGUUCCUCUUUGCUCUACCUCCGAACAUUUUAAAUGGACAAAGUAGCACCAGACUGACACUUUAUGAUCUAAUUCCAGACUGAAAAACUAAGUAUGACAUGUCUGUUAUGUAAAAAAAAAAAAAAUGGGGGGGUGGGGGGGAGGGGGGUUUAUAUAAUCAAAAUUGACCAAAUAUGGGAUAAAAUAAGUGAUCUAAAAAAGAUUCUCUAAUUGUGUUAUAGUCCCAAUUUGGCUAACGUGGCUUAAAUUCUCAAAAUGUUGUGUUGAAAUAAUGGUUUUGUCUCCUGUAACGGUUUUCUAACUCUUUAACUCAAUUUUUUCCCCAUUACACGUGCACAUUCAAGGUUCCCCAUAGGAAAGCAUUGUAUUCAAUUUUUUCCUACGGCCUUCCCUGUUACGUGACAGAGUUUUCCUCUGUUCUGUAGGAGGAAGCUCCUCUAGUGACUGUCACUGGACUUUGGAAAGAUUGCAGUUUGAAAAAUAAUAAUGCAAUGUUUUACAUUGUAGAGUUAAAAUGUACAGUUCUCUGUCUGUAUCAUUUCUACAUAUAGGUGAAUUUUUGUGUGUUUUUAUUUCUUUGCCAUUUACAUUUUUUCAUGAAAUACUGUAGACGGCUAAUAGCUUUCUGCUAGUGUUACAAACACCGAUGGCCGUCCGCACAGGCUUUAGAGCAUUGCACGUUUGGAAAAGUUCCCUCCUAACUCUGUAACCCAUAGAUAUUGCACUGGCAGUGAUGUAUAGAGGAGGAUAUAUAAUGACAUAAUUCUGAUGUGCGGUGAGAUAUAGAGGCUUGUAAUAUUAGUUUAUGAUUAGUUUAUAUUUAGAUACUACACAAUUCCUGGUGUAAUGGGUAAGAUUGUAAGACCAUUCUUCACAUAUAAUUAAGGGGGUAUAUGGAGAAGGAGAUCACAUUUGUUGUAGAUAAUUGGGAAAUUUUAAUUAAAACAAAAAGCCGGUCUUUUAGACCCCGUAAGGUGCGUAUUAGCACACCUAAUGUUAUCCUGCACUGAUUGAGCAUUGAAAGUGUGGCAUGCAGGAAAACAGUCCUUUAACCCCUUAAGGACCAAACUUCUGGAAUAAAAGGGAAUCAUGACAUGCCCUUAAGGGGUUAUACAGCUGCAAUGAGCCUUUUAACUAGCCUAGAUAUAUUGAUUGUGCCUUACAGGUAACUCCACUUCGAUAAGAGUUGUUUAUUACCUCCCGCCGGAGGCAAUCAGUUCAUUGCUUUGUAGUCUGGUAUAGCACAGAUAACGGCGGAACAUGGAUCAGAUAGAAGAAUUGGAUACGGAAUGUAAUUAGUCUAUUAGACAAACCCCUGGAGUCAGCGACGCUAGGCUCACCGCUCAACAUCAGGGGGAGAUCAACUCUGAGAGCUGCAACUGUUCUUUGUCAAUCUAAGGUUCAAUCUGAGGAAGAAUGAUUGACAUAAGUGAUUAAAUAGCAGGAUUUAGAAGCGCUUAUCGCCUUUAUUGAAUAGAUAGAUGUGUCUAGCCCUACAUCAGCAGUUUAUUCCAACUCCCAGUAUGCUCAAUCUGUCAGUAUAUUUGUAAUCUUCAACAUAUUUCGCUUUGUUUUACAAUGAGGAAAGUCACUACAAGUAAAGCAUACCUACCAAGUGUCCUGAACUACCUUCAAAUAGUCCUAAACUGGAACUCUUGUACAACUGUAAGUUUGGGAAAUUUCAAAUAGAAAGAGGCUGGAAAACCAGUUUUGUGCAUGGAUAGCGGACACUGCCCUGCUGUAGGCUUUUGACUCCCAGCAUCCUUCGCCAUUAAUCCUACAUCUUGGGGCACAUCUUCAAAAGCCUACAAACCGUAUGCUAUAGGAACAAAGACUUUUUCUGCGGGGUCUUAGAGACAAUUCAAGAAAUAAAAUAUAUGUAGCUGAAAUGUGUACUCUUCAACAUUGCUUGUUCCUCUGAACUAGAGGUGGUCAGUUUUUGUUCUAUGGUGGUGUAGGUUCAAAUUGUGCUUAGAUAAUGUGUGUAAAUCAAAUUGUCUUUCUGGCUACAAUUUAAUGUGAACUGUGCGUUAUUUAAAAAUGUUGCUCCAUUUAAGCUGAAAUAGUCUAUUUGGGAAUGGGGAUGAUUUGAAAAAGCUGCUGAGUUCUGGCAGUGGCUUAGCAUAUCGCUCACAGCUCAAAAGUGACCAGGUUUACUAUAAUGUCUGCAAUAUCUAGACUAGACAGCAGGUUAGGGUAGUGGCUUUGGAUCUGAGAUAAAAUUAUUUUUUUUUUUAACUUUUUUUUUUUUUGCAUUGCUGGAGAUGAGUACAAACAGGCGUGAGGUACCCCAACGGCAUUCCUCAGGCUUCGUGUUGCAUAGAACAUUGGAGUAAUAGCAAUAACAAGCACAAUUUAGGAAUAUUCUAAACAGGCUAGGUGUGACUAUCUAAACUUGGCGUUGAGCGUGGGUUUGCAAAAAGUGAACAGGCUAGACAAAACGGUGAACACUGUAACUUGGAAAUGAGAAUAUGUCAGUGUUAUGCAAGGUUAUCCUCUCUUGGUAAUGCAGUGCGUCCUAUAUGUGGUGCAUCCUGUGCGUGGCCGUACAGGACAAAGUGAGCGAGUGCAGGGUAACAGGCUUUUGUCUGGCUAAGUAAAAUGUUAUACAUAUCAUGGUUAGUUCACUAGACAGGAUGCCGAGAUAUGCCGACCAAUCUUGUGCUGCCUGCAAUAUAGUUUGGACCAAAGUCCCGUAAGGUAAAGGUGGUCGUGGGAUGCGGGAGACCAAGCUAGCCCCUCUGGCCUCCGCUUCGAUCAGUCAUCCGAUGCCACCACGGUGGUCACUUCUUGAUUAUAGACUGUCUAUUUUGGGGAGUGAUGCGGCACUGCGGUGAAGGGGUAUUCCUCCAGCCCUGGGGUUGUGGGAGAGCCGGUACACUUUGGCCACGAACCUGGGGGGUUAGGAGAGUCUCACUCAGCUCUGUUUCAAGAUCGGAGAUAAGCUGCCAUCUUUCUCCCACGCUAUCACUGGUAGGCCGCACCUUGCUGUGACGGUUCCUGGGCAUUCAGAACGUCGGCUCCGGUGGCAAAAGUUUUGGGUGAGGUACCUCUGCUUGCAGGGCUCUGUUUGCAGGGCUCUGUUUGCCUUGUUUUCUGGUACCUCGGCCCGAGAAAUCAAAGUUUUCCGCUGUGCAGCAGGAGCUCAUGCGAAACACGUCUAGCUAGCUCGCUAUUCUGGCUCCGCCCCCAAAAUUCUUAAAAGUUUGAAGAAAAAAAGAACAGUUUCCAAUAAUACCAUGCAAUAAACUGUAGUAGUGUGCCUGUAUAAUCUCUAAAUGAUAAGUCAUUUCUUGUUUAGCAAUAAACUUGCCACCUUCAUUCUAAGUAUACAUUUAUUACAUUAUUUAUGUAUUUAUUUGACACAUUUCAUGGUGAAGUUUCAGGAAGUUCUUUAUACUGAUGGCUGGAGGCGAUAUGAGGGAUGAUUGAUUUAAGAAUUUGCCAUUAUUCGUUUCUGCUGCAGAAUUGUAGAUUAUGCUAGCGUAGUGUACAGAUAAUCUUAAUUUUAAUAAUGACAGGAGGCGAGUAUUUUGCAUAAACUUUCUUUACUUUAUGCCUCCAGCAGCACAAGUCAAUCAAUCAGAAAAGAAAAGUGUUUAACCAAUCAGAGUCCAGCACCUCUUGUAUAUAAGUCCCUGACAGGCUUCCCAUUUCCUCUUUCUUUGUUGUGAUCAUGCCGGAAGGCGACAAACUCUUUCGUAGAUGAAGAAAAACUUGAACGGAAUAACUUGCCAACUUGUGGAAACGCAGAGGAUAUCUAAGAUCCGACUUCUGUCUCAUGAAGUGAUGUUAAGCUGAAAGAAAUAGAAAGAACUGAAAGGCGUGGGAAAACAACUGUUGUCCGCAUAUCAACCUUUAAUCCUAGUCUUAAAGCUAGCAAAACUAAUGUUAGUAUCUAAAAUCUAAACUAACAAAUCAACGUUAAUACUCUAACAGACAUAUAAUCCUGUAAACAUAGAGUGGUUCAAUUCUGAUCUAAAAACUGUGCUAACUAGUAAACGACAUCUGGUCUAAGCGUCCCUUGUCUCAGUUUUUUACCCAUAGCUAGAUGAAUAGUAUGUGAAUCCUCAGAGUAGAGGGAGGGAACAAAAAGUAAGGGGGGGAAAAUACUCGCCUCCUGUCAUUAUUAAAAUUAAGAUUAUCUGUACACUACGCUAGCAUAAUCUACAAUUUUAUUACAUGACAGGAGGCUUCCUAUUUUGCAUUUUUAACGCUGGGGUAAAAACGCUAAGGACGCGUGUGAUGAUUGGCGAAAGUAAAACACCCUGAAGGUAUUUUUUCUGGUCCAAUCCGCCGUACGUAGAAUGUCCGUCAGGGAGGCACCCGCCGAGAAGGCCCUAGAUGCCGCCGCCCCUCGAACCGAAUGGGCCCCGAAACUAGCAUCUAUCCGGGCUAGUGACAGUAACCACCGUAUCCAUCUAGCUAACGUAGUAGUGGUCACUGGAUUGUAUGGUCUGGUAUAAGAGAUUAACAGUUGUCCCGUUCCGUUAGCCCGAAGAGGCGCCGUAACCUCCACAUAACGGAGUAAGGUGGAGACGACACAAAGACGAGGAACCGCCGGAAAAAAUGGGUAGGACACGGAUUUGGAGUCCGUCUUAGUCCUUCGGGAUAUCAAAAACGUAACACCGACGGGCAUUAUAGUAAAGCCGUCCACGUCGAAAGCCCGAACAUCCGAUACCCGACGGAAAGAGACUAAGCAUAAUAACAAAGUAAGUUUGGCUGCUAAUUGUCUGAGUGAUAGAGCAGAGUUAUCCGGCCAGUUCUGAAUGAAUCGAAUGACCACAUCCACAUCCCAUAACUGGCGAUACUUCGGAGUCGGUGGUCUAGCCAAUUUGAUGCCUCGUAAUAGUCGACAUAUUAAGGCUUCCUGACCCACUGGGGUACCAUUAACUGGAACAUGCGCCGCCGAUAUAGCGGAUCGUGUAACGUUAAUGGACCGGUAUGAUUUCCCGUUGGAAAACAAGGUGGAAAGAAAAUUUAGUAGGGCCGAUACAGGUGUUGUAAAGGGAUCGAGGCUCCUUCCCAGACACCAGCGGUCCAUACAUCCCAUGCUGCCAUGUAGCUGCAUCUAGUCCCUGGUGCCCAAGAGUCCCAAAGGAGGUCCUUAGCCGUUUGCGAUAAGCCUGGGAUUGCCCAAGAUCCCCUGAAAGCGUCCAAGCUACCUACUCUAGACGUUCUUGAAGUAUGAGAGGAUGAGGUUCCGCAUCCGGAUUCGUAAGAAGCGUGGGGAACGUCGGUAAGACCAGCGGGUGGUCGUGAGAUAAUGCGAGUAAGUCGGGAAACCAUGCCUGGCUUCUCCACAAGGGUGUGAUCAGGAUGAGCGAUGUCUUGGAUGUGCGUAGUUUGUGGAGCACUCUUGCUAACAUCGAGAAUGGUGGGAAAGCAUACGCUCCCAUCGAAGGCCAGUGUUGUAGAAAGACAUCCACUGCUUCGCUCUGGGGGUCCGGUAACCAGCUGUAGUACCUCGGUAGUUGUGUAUUCGUGCGUGAGGCAAAAAGGUCUAUGUGGAGUGGUCCCCUGAUCGAUCUCACCGUAUUGAAGAUCUCUGUGUCCAGAUGCCAAUCGCUGGAGUCCCGCCAAUGCCGGGAGAACCAAUCCGCCGUGAGAUUGUUGAGGCCUGGUAAGUAUUCCGCUCUGAGGGUUAUGUUGCGAGGGAGGCAAAACUGGUAUAUGUCUUUGGUAGCCUCCGUCAGUGUUCGUGACCUGGCUCCUCCCAGUCUGUUCACGUAUUGGACUGCCGAUAUGUUGUCCAUGCGUAGAAGUAUGCAACAAUUGGACACGUGCUUGGCCAGGCUGCGGAUGGUGAAUGAGUCGGCUAUCAACUCUAGGCAAUUGAUGUGUAGUGACUUUUCCUCCUCCGACCAGGGGCCCCCCGUGGAUGCGUGUGCGCAGUGGGCUCCCCAACCCCACAGGCUGGCAUCCGAUUCCAGGAUGAAAUCCGGGUUCGAGCCGAAUAUGGCCCUGCCGUUCCAAGCCUCCAUGUGGAGCAGCCACCAACGAAGUUCCGUCCGAACUUCCGCGGUUAUCCUGAUCGCCUGAUCGUACGAGUGUCCUCUUCUCAGAUGGUGAGCUUUCAGUCUUUGCAUGGCUCAGUAGUGGAGGGGUCCCGGGAAAAUUGCUUGUAUGGAGGACGAAAGUAGGCCGACAAUCCUGGCCAGCAAUCUCAGAGGGACCAUGUCUUUCCAUAGAAAACGGCGUAUCUCCUUCCGAAUAUUCGCAAUCUUCGCCUUGGGAAGGCGAAGCGUGCAUGUUACUGAAUCUAUCUCGAAUCCGAGGAACUGCACGACUUUCGAUGGGGAGAGAGCUGACUUUUUCCAUGUUCACAAUGAACCCCAAGGAUUCCAGAAAGUGCACUAUGAAUUUCGUCUGAGAUCGUAGUUUGGAGGCGUUGUCGCAGAAAAUCAGUAUAUCGUCUAGGUAGAUUAGGCAUCGGAUCCCUCUUGUCCGUAAAUGUGCCAUGGCUGGCUUCAGUAGUUUCGUGAAGCACCAAGGGGCGGAGCUGAGGCCAAAUGGGAGGCACGUGAACUGGCAUGUGCGUCCUUUCCAGUGAAAUCGAAGGAAAGGUCGACUGGACUGAGCCAUCGGAACUGACAGGUAGGCAUCCUUUAAAUCCAGACGUGUGAACCAGUCGUGUUCCAGUAGUAAAUCUCUGAGGAGGUGUAUGCCCUCCAUUUUGAAGUGUCUGUAGGCUACGAAUGAAUUCAGGCUGCGUAGGUUGAUGACGGGUCGGUAGUCUCCUGUCUUUUUCUGGACCAGAAAUAUGUUGCUGAUGAAACCUGUGUCGUCGGGAGCAAAUUCGACUGCCCCUUUGAGGAACAGCGCUCGGAUCUCGUCGUCUAUGAGCUUGGCGAGUUCCACUGACGUCCGUAUCAGUUGUGGUCGACGUGAUUGGGUCGGUGUGUGCGCGAAAUCGAUCUCGUAGCCCUUGAUCGUUUGAAGGAUCCAGGCAUCGGAGGAUAUCUUUUCCCAGUUCUGUGAAAAAAGAGACAGUCUGCCAGCAGUGACAUGAGAGAGGCACAACGGUACUUGAGGGGUGCUCACCUGUAUUGAAGUGUCCGCGGGUACGAGCUCCUCUGGGUCGGAAGGUUCCUCUCGAGAAGGGUGGUCUCGAUGGGAAGAACGAUUGAGAAGCUUGAUUCCUGGGGCCUGUUGGCCAGAAACGGCUGGUGGCUCGGCCCCGAUGGCGACCAGCCCUGCCGAAAACCCCUCUGGUUGGAGUAGGGUUGGGAAAAACUUGUUUAAUGGAAGUCUGGGUGUCACGAGCGUGGGCUAUAGGCCCAGCCGAGACAGUGGGGAGAGUGUGGAAGUGACAGGGUUAAUGACACCAGACCCCUGGUUACCUGUUGCUAGUCCCAGCAACCACUCAAUUAACCCCUGCAAUCCCUUCUACACUAUCCCCCUUAGUACUACUGCCACCACCAAGACUUUUAAACCCGGGCGUCUUAGGUUACCCCACACACAGGAGAAUUAUAGUAUCACAGUUCUACUUUUACUGAUAAAACAUAUAUAGUUAACCCCUUUUGGUAACGUGUUUACCUGAGCUUUCCUCUGGAGAGUGAAGCUCAUAGAGAACAGAGACACAAGCUGAUUAAGUAAACAUUUAAUCUGACAAAAAGGAUUCACAGUCCUGAGUACAAAAUACAGAAAUAAAUGACAUACAGAAAACAAAUUGCAAAACAGUACAUAAAAUAAAAUAGGAGAAAACACAAGAAAUUCCUUACAUAUAUUUACCCCAUAUAGAAUUCUUGUGGGAGUCUUAGAUGGUAUCGGUCUCCUAGAAGUUACUGACAAAAGAAAAAUGAAUAACUGGCUUCCCUGGAUAGUCCAACACCCUCAUAUAUCUAAACUAGUUGUUUCUCAGUGGGCAGACCCCUGGGGGGGGAUCAGAGGGGGCUGGUCUGGCAGUCUAUUGCCCACUCUAUGAAAUUCCUUGUGUCCAGCUCUGGUGAAGGCUAUCUAGAUGUUUUAUGGUCUAGGCCUGGUGCAAGAUCAAAGACCACAAUAAAUGUCAUCCCAAGGUUUACAAAAAAAACAACUCUUAACAUAUAUAAACACACAUCAAACACCAACUCAUGCUUUUGGCAUGACACUGGGCUUUGCUCAGUGUCGUAAAUAAGUUCACAUGUUUCUUUAGCUCUCCAAUGAAGGCUUCUCCGAAUAGUUGGACAUUGGCCCGUGGCCCCAAUUCCUUCUUGCCGAGUUCCAGGAGCUUGGAGUCCAUCUUGAGUAGCGCGGCUUUGCGUCUCUCCGCACAGAGUGCGGCGUUGGUGUUGCCCAAUAAGCAGAUCACGCGUUGCGCCCAUUCCCUGACAUCGUGGGCGUCCAAGGCAUUUCCCUGCGUAAGCGCUCCGUCUGCGAGGUUACAAGAUCUUAGCUAGUGGGCCAAGUAUAUCUAGUAACUUGUCUUGAUAAGCUUUGAGGCCCUUCUCAAUGCCCUUACGCGGGUCACGGCCCGUCCGCGACAUGAAUACGACACCGUGGUGUCGAAUUCCGGCAUGUGAGCAAUCUUGUCCGGUAGACUGGGUCUCAGACACUCGGCCUUCAGUCUUGCCCGUACCUCUUUGUCCAUAGGUUGUCGUAGCCAAAAAUGAAUAAAUUGGGCUAAAUGGUCCAGUAGACCCCAUUCCAAUGAUCUCGGGUGACGUAUCGCACGUGGAUCAAACAUCGGAGUGCCUUGGGGGUCGACGAAGGUGCCGUCCUCUAGGUCGUCUGCCUGUGUGUCGACCUUCCAGUGCCCAUGACGGGUGUCCUGUUCCUCGACCAGUUCAGAACCCGUGUGGCCGCGGGGUAUGUCGAACCAGUCGUCCUCCUCAGAUGGGGAGUCCCCCGCUCUCCACUCGUCCAUAACUUCCAGCGGGGUUGGUGAGUUACCUCCCUCUUCAUCGGAGGAUGUCAGCGGAGGGGUUGACGGACCCAGGCGGUCCGAUUGGCGGCUCCUCUUGAGUGGGGCCUUGCCCUUUGCCGUCCGUGGGGCUGGGCCAUUACCCUUCCAGUGUCUUUUGGGAGGGGCACUAUCCCCUGAAGACUUCUCAGGGCCUUUGGUAUCCGGGUCCCCAUGUGGGGUUUGGACCAACAAUUUUGCUAUGGCCUUUUCCAUUGAGGCCGCCACCGCUGAAUUAAUUAGUGCUUGGAAAUCGGGUGGAGUUUGUUGUGAAGGCUCACCCAUGUUCAUGGUUGUAGUCUCUGUCUGUGAAAGACAGGAUAGAGUCAGGUACCGAAGUACGUGAAUAGUACAAGGCAGUAAUAAAGAGUUGCGGCGUUCCUCCUACGACUGGGGGUCGUCUAGUGUGGCCAACUGGCCCAGAUCAAUUAUCCUGUCUCAAAGUAUAUUAGCACUGCCUGUAAUCCUGGGCUAGCGAGGGGGUCACCCUCCAGCAGACCGGUAUGAGCGGUCCGAGAUAGAGAACACUUCGUCUAGGUCGUAGAGCCUAGUAAAGGUACGGGCCGUGCCCUUAAUUUCAAAGCCCAGCGGGGAAUUAGUAGGAUAGAUUUUCUCCCCUGUGGAGGAGUGAACAGCAUAUAUAGUAGGGGGGUCACCCCGCUCUUCCGAUAAUACGGCACACGCCUGGGGGUCACCCAGCGCAGGGGGGGUCACCCCUUAAUAACAAUGAUAGUGUGCCAGUGGGGGGUCACCCCACUCAGAGGGGUCACCUCUGGAAGAGCUUUUUUUUUUUUUAUUAUUUUUUUAUUUUUUUAUUUUAUUUUAUUUUUUUUGUUAUAUUGUUUAUUUGAUUGUAGUAGUUUAUAUAGUUGCUGUAUAACUGGAUUGUUACCAAAAUGACAGGCAGGGUUGAUACUGGCUGUAUAUUAAUCACAGUAUAACAGGUGUUUACAUUGCAAUCACAAAAGGAGAAAAAGUAAGAAAGAACCAAAACACCCUCUCUCCCCCAGGUCCCCUGCCUCUAUAGAGGGAAACUGGAAGACUGAGGGUGAUAGGAGUGGGGAUGAACGAGGACCGUGUGAUUCACGGUUUCCCCACCUAAGAUCGCGGGCCGAAAGUGCAAAUGGUCCCCGGCUCCCCCACCCGCCCGCCCUGAGCUGCCCGAGCCGCAGGAGAGACUGGCCGCGGUAUCCAGCCGCGACCACGGCAAUUUAAAGCCGCAGUCGCGGUAAAGAGCCGCGAGUAAAAGAGAGGGCCAGAAUAAUGAGGGGAGGGGGUGGCAGGGGAAGAUUCGGCGAAAUUAAAAAGAACAGAAAACGAAAUAACCAAUAACAACAGUAAAGUUCCACUAAAUAAUGACAACUGAUAACAAAAUAAAGCAAAGAUUUGGAAACAAUAUAUAGUACAGCAAUAAUUAUAGGUAAAAUCACUCUGACCUGUGUCUUGGCUGGAAGCAGCAAAGAAAGAGGAAAUGGGAAGCCUGUCAGGGACUUGUAUACAAGAGGUGCUGGACUCUGAUUGGUUAAACACUUUUCUUUUCUGAUUGAUUGACUUGUGCUGCUGGAGGCAUAAAGUAAAGAAAGUUUAUGCAAAAUAGGAAGCCUCCUGUCAUGUAAUAAAAUUUGGCACAAUAGAAUAGAUGAUGAUUUAGUAGUUGCAUUCAGUUGGUACUUUUACAUUUUUUCUUCUAAAGAUGCAUUCAGAUUUGCAUUGUUUGAUUGCAUUUGGAACAAGGUUGGACAUAAACUAAAUCUUCAGCUGUAGAACUUCAAUUCCCAUGUAUACUUUGCCAAACUUAACGGCAACACUUCUCAAGCCAAAAAACCAUUUGAGUACUUUAGAGUGGCCUUUUAGGGUGCUGGCGGUAAAAGAAGUAUCACCAACAGGUUUAUUUCCAUUUGUUUCUAUACUGUGACUCUCGUGAUGCCCACAACUAUUUUAUUGUGUCACUUACCAACUGAAGAUCAUAGGGCAUGUGUUAAAUAAUCGCUCGCAUUAGAAAUAGGACUCAAACACUUGGUUCAAGUGAAGUUUGGGUAUGGGUGGUCAGUAUUGUCUGUAGGCACAUCAGCUAAAUGUUUUAAUAUUUGUGACUGGAACACAGCAAUGUUUAAUGUCAUUUUUCUUUAUUCCACAGGUGAAUGGUAAAGACUUAUCCAGAGCCACCCAUGACCAGGCAGUAGAAGCAUUCAAGACUGCCAAAGAACCAAUUGUUGUACAGGUCUUGAGGCGCACUCCCCGUACCAAGAUUUACAGCCCAACAUCUGACGCACAACUUGUUGACACAUCAACACAAACUGAAAUAACUUUUGAACACAUUAUGGCUUUGACUAAAAUGAGCUCUCCUUCACCCACCGUUUCUGUUUUAGACCCUUAUCUCCUAAAUGAAGAGUAAGUAUUGCAAUUUUGUUUAUCUUGUAUAGGAAGUGUUUUACUAGAAAGAAUACAUAGAGUGACAUACUAUAAGAAAGAAGCAUCUCCGUUUGUUGUCAUUUUUGUAAUUCCUGCAACUUUUCAUACUCUGCACGCUGUUGUCUGUGUUGUGAAGAAAUUUGGAGGGCCAUUUGUCUGUGAGAAAACUUAUACUGCAACUACAAAAUAUAUAUAUAUAAAAAAUGUAUUAGUGGUAUCCCAGCAAAUACAAAUAAGUCACAAAGCGCAGAAAUAUAUUUUUUAAAAAAUUUUUUACUUUACAAUUGUGACCAUUACAUUUUAAAUUACAAUUUGUUGUUAUUUUGGGGGAAGAGCACAACUGGUUAUAAUGACUAAAGAUAAGCCCAAUUUUAAAAGAACACUAAAGGCAUCCAUACCGCAUCUCAUUGAAGUUGUCUGGGUGCACUGUCCCCAUCCCCUUAGCCCUGCAGCCUCUAGUAGUAGUGGUCUGCCAGACCACCACUAGAGGCACUUCCUAGCUCUUGCAUGGAGUUUAACUCACGCAAAGCAAACUUGCAUACCUGUCAUCUAGCUAUUAUCAAGAACUCUUCUUUGGUGUCCUCCGAUGUAGACUACCAGAGGGAAAAAAAUAUAUAUAUUUUUAAUGUUUUUUGUUUUUUUUAAAUGGAGCAAGGUAAGUGUAUUUAGUUUCCUAAAAGUUCCAGUUAUAGUUUCCUAAAACUCCAAAAUGUUAAUUCUGCUUUAUAAUGGAUAAAAUUGUACUAGGGCGCUUUUAGCAAGCCUGCAGCGAAGACCGAAAAUAUUUGAUUUGAAGUGUGGAAAUUAAAUAUACAUUUCGCACAUCUGAUUCCAGUUAAAAUUAAAUAAUAUGGUUUUCUGUGAAAGGUCAAAACUUUUUUUUUUUUUUUUUUACAUUGGUUUUUGUACUGUUAAUGGAAUAAAUUAAUUGAAUUGCAUUUGCUAGAGAAAUAUACUAUUCUUGACACGGUUACAGUGAUCUCUGACGUGUCUCGUAUUCCUUCGUGAUCAUGGCAGACAGAAUAAUAGCAGGCUCAGUGAUAAAACCUAAUUGUUACACACCUUUCUGUCGUCUUCAUUAAAUAUUUGCAUUUCAAAAGCUGGAGACCCCUAUUCUAUCUUAAUAGAAAUCCAGUAAUGUCUAAUUUUUUUUUUCCCCUCUACCUUUUCAUCUAGCAGUUUUGUAUGUUUUAAUUAUGAAUAAUGUAGGGUAGAGGUUUGUGCUCUCUGACAAUAACAUUUUACACAAAUCAAAAUGACACUAUAAUUGGUCGUUAGUAGGAAUGGGUGUGUUUUAAAAUAUUCUCAUUAUUUUGUUUCAGACAUUCAUCACCGCAUGAGUAUUUUGACCCCAAUGACUUUAUGGGAGGUUUGCAUCCCGAAAUGGAUAGAGACGAGCUUGAGUUAGAGGUAGGUUUGUUUUAAAUGUUUGAUUUGACUGAAUUUUAUACUUUAAUAGCGCUGGCUUUUGUGGAGAGUAGUGUCUAAAAGGGCAACUAACUACUCUACAAUCAAGGAAAGGAAUUUAUUGACCAGGCUACCCUAAAGCAUACCUCUCAACUGGGACGCCAGUAUGAGGGGGGGGGGGGAGUAAUCAGGCGUAAUAGCUGGUCAUCUUGGCAUGAAUGUCUUCGAGGCUGCCUGCCUAUCAUCCUGGCUGACACACUGAGGCCAGACUCCGCAGAGAGUAUUGUUUCAGUAUAUUGAUGCAUCCUUCCUAUGCUUGUUGGGAACAGUUCCCUGGUGUCCCUUAAAAUUGGGACUAUUCCUGAAAAUCGGGAUAGCUGGGAGGCCUGCUAAAGACUAGUUGAGAAUCAUGUGAAAUGCAGGGCACAAUAUAUGGUGUAAAUAUGUUGGCAUCAGUAAUAUAUUCACACUAAACUAGUAAUUGGGACAACUGACAAAGCAAAUGGGGAGUGUUAGCAUUGUAAUAUCACUUAAUAUCCAGUAUCCAUAUGCACUGGACUCAUUGCUCCUAAUGUAAUGUGCUGUGUUUAGGAGCACAGUAAAAAUGACUACAGUGCUCCAUGGAAGCACUGUGUGUUACCGAUAUGACAGCAGGGGAGGAAGUGCUGCACCCGUACCUGCCAGAUACUAGGGUGCUGCUGCUGAGUACCCCUUAGGGAAAUGCAGUGAGGGCAGCAGGGAAGGGCAAACAAAGGUUUGGAGACAUAACAGUGGGCUGAGCUUCUGACACUUUACAUUGAGGCCACCUGCUGAUAACUGUUUAGGGGGAUCAGUGGCUGCUGUGAAUGUUAGCUCCAGGGCCCUCGGUUCAUUAUCUCCAUCACUGUGUAAUAGCCUGUGUUAUGUACCUCAUAGUGUUCCAGGUACAAUGUACAGUAUACUGUACAGUAUACAGUGCUCUCAGUUCGAUGCCCAGGGUCACUUACUGAAGGCACAGCUGCCUGUAUGAUGUGCCUUUGUUAGGUAGUGUAGGUGGUAUUUCCAGUAUAAUCCAAAAAGGAUUACAAAACUACAGAAAUCUUGGCAGGUUACUAGUUUGGGGACCUCUGUAUUCUACACCUAUGAAUUGUUCUGGGGCCCUAGGCAUCCACCUAAGGUCACCUUCUGUUAAUCCUGCUCGGAGUAUAAUGUGCAGUAUUAGGUCCUGUAUGGAAAAGAUCCCUGCCUAAUGUUCAGUGUUCUGUAAUGUACAGCAAUAGAAUUGUGUGUGUGCAUUAUGCAAUGUGCCGUACAUCCACUUAUUAUUCAGUGCUCCAAAUGUAUGUGAAGUUACGUACUGUAGGCAGCAAUAUACACCUUAAAGGAACACCAUAGUGUUAGGAAUACAAAGCUCUAUUCCUAACACUACAGUUGCACCCUACACACCAGGAAAUUAAAAGGGUUUAAAUAACUCUUUAAACACUUAUCUAAUUCCAGCGCUAAGGUCCAGACUCUGUCUCCGCCCCCUUAGGGUCAGAGUAGGAACUUAAUCAAAUGGUAAACACCACACGCAAAUUUAGCCUUUUCCAUAGGAAAGCACUGAAUUAAUGUUUUCCUAUGGGGAUUUUGAAAACACUGGACAGCUGUCAGGGAUACAGCCACUAGAGGCUGUAUCGGCAAUGUUUGCAGCUGCAGUGUUAAAGGGACACUGUAGGUACAGUGUCCCUAUGCAUGUGUACCUCCAGCGUCGCCGGAAUCACCUUAGGAAAGCAUUGGAUAAUGCUUUCCUAUGGGGAAAUCCUAAUGCGAGCGCAGCAGGGGGAGGAGCCCAACGGCGAGGGACAUCGGCGCUGGAUUCAGGUAAGUGUCUGAAGGGUUUUUAACCGGAUGGGGGCGGUGGCCCUCCAAGAUUCUACAGAAUUCUACUAGAGAAUCCCUUUAAAGAACCACUCUAGGCACCCAGACCACUUCAGCUUAGAGAAACUGCUAUGUUUACAAAUGGGUUAAUCCUUCCUUCAAUUCCUCUAGGGGCUGUCUCAUUGACAGCCGCUAGAGGCGCUUGCGUGAUUGUAAAUGCUUUCCUAUGCGACCGGAUGAAUGCUCGCGCAGGUCUUGCCGCGCGUGCGCAUUCAGCCGAAUGGGAGGAACGGAGGAGGAGGAGAGCUCCCCGCCCUGCGCUGGAAAAAGGUAAGUUUUUACCCCUUUCCUCUCCCCAGAGCCGGGCGGGAGGGGGACCCCGAGGGUGGGGGAACCCUCAGGGCACUAUAGUGCCAGGAAAACGAGUAUGUUUUCCUGGCACUAUAGUGGUCCUUUAAGGGUACAAAGACGCUGCACCCACACCACUACAAUGAGAUGAAGUGGUCUGGGUGCCAAUAGGGUCUCUUUAAUAUGCAAUAGUGCAGGGCAUCCAGUGUAAUCUGCAAUAGGUAUUUGUUUUCAAAGUAAUCUACAGAGUUUACAGCGUAUUAUGUAGUGAUCAGCUGAUUCUGUUUUAAUAUAGGGUUUUAACAUAUGCCAGAUUUUUUUCCCCAUCAAAACCGAAUGUACUUUUCUUUUGGUUCCUGUUGAAGCUGAAGAUGUGAUGGAUUUUUAUGUGUGAGAUAUAUAUAUAAUCUCUGUGUGUGUAUGUAUUUAUUUAUUAAAAAAAAAAAUUCUGCCUGAAGUUGUUUAAAUAUCAAGUUGAAAUCAAGUCACUGGCAUUUACUAACCUGUUAUUUAACAAAUUAUACCAGUUGACAAGUCAGUAAAACGAGAUUGCUGAUUUUGGCAGCUGUCUGAUUGACGCUUGAAUAAAUUAUUCGCAUCAUUUUAUCUAUUGCUGUACUGGGAUUUGAGACUUGCGUGAUGCAAGUUCUGCAAGGGGAUUUCCAACUAUUUCAUGGUUUGCUUUUUGAAAUGCACAAGGCCUUGAUUUAGGAAAAGUCUGUAUUUUUGUAAAAUAAGCAAUAAAUUAAAAUCAUACGCAUUUCAGUCAUAAGAAAUUGUAGGGAAUAGGCUGAUCAGCGUGAAAAUUCAAAUAAAGUAAUAACAGAUUAUUUAAGAGGGAGGAAAAUUCUCCAUGAAAUAACAAAAUAUCACAUUUCACAAAAAAUAUAUUGACCAGCUAUGCCUGAACCUUGAAUAUGCAUUAUAUCUAGUAUUGUUUCAAAUAAUUUUUCAUUUGGGGGAUCUAAAUUGUGAGGGCUCUUUACUAAAGUAAGACUUGUUAGGGAUUCAAAGUGAAUUUCAUAUGUUAGCUUACUUUGAGAUUUUUAUUUCCAACUCCGCUAUUUUGGCCUUAAAUUUGAAAUUCACUUUAAAUUCCCAUCAAUUCUCAUUUUAGUGAAUAAUUCUGUCUAUGUUGCAUUUACACCUGCUUUAGUCAAAAACAAAGCAAAACCUGCCAAAUGUUUAGGGAAUACUGAUCCAAAAAACUUAAUUUUUAGUUCCCUGGUGUCCUGCUUUUUGUCAAAAUACAGUUAAAGGUUCAAUUUUUUCUACUUUUAGUCAAGUCCACACAAUACCUGCCCAAUGUGUUGACAUGCCUUUUUGAAAACACCUAUCCCAAUAUCCUACCUCUAAAUUGUCCAAUAUUAACUAAAUGGCGGCAUUUUUAGCUCACUUCUGGGGACGUGGAAAAACCUGUUUUGGCAAUACAAAAGCGCUUCAACACCUCAACACUCUUUUAAUGGGAUAUCUUGAAAGGUGUUGGCCAGCAUGGCUACCAGUCAGCUUGUUACUCUUACACCUUGGUCCCCAUUGUGCAGGCCUCCCAACCUGUAAUGAUUUUCGGGUCCUGUUCCGACUUUGGAACUUUUGCAACUGUCCCCAAAAUAAGUGUAGUGUGAGCACAUUACUAGAUGUUCUCAAGCUACACGCAGGGCAUUAGGACUCUGCAAACAUUACUGAAACAGUGCUCCCUGUAUAGUCUGUCCUCCGUGGGCUGUCUUGCUUGAUUGCCCAGCCAGUACCUUUGGUGGACUCUCCCUGCCUUUCUUGGCUAGACUGCCCCUUUGGGAGAAGCUAGUGACACAAUUGUGGCACUGGCCUGUCCCAUUUACCCCCUUACCACCAGUGUCCAACUUCUUGGGGUGGGGGAUAUAUGACUGAGCCAUGAUGUGACAGGCAUUGAUUCUCUAACACUUCCCCCACUACCACACCCCAUCACCAUACUACUGGCUUACAUUAUAGUGGUACAGACUAUGGACUAUAAUUUCAGUAGGGGAAUGUUGUUCUAGAAUUAAGGACUUUACGGGUUUUUUAAAUGAAGUCUAAUAAAAUUACAUUUACAGACCUUUAAUGAAGAGACAAACCUCUAAUUUGUUCACUUUAUUUUCUAGUUCAGUAGAUGUUCUAAAGAGAUGUCAUAAGGGAGAUUGCUUUUUUUUACAGAACUGUACAAUUAAAGCCCUCCAACUGGUGUCAGACUUCAGUUAUGAUAUCUGUUGCAUUUUGGAAAAAUCCCCUGUCAUUAUUCAGUUCUCAUCAUCCUCAGUCAGCCAAAAGCCUAACAAGCAACAAAGGACUGCAACUGCUCUCAUUCACAGAAAGCCAAGUAUAAUAGCACAGGCUCCUGGUAGCUCUCCAAAAUGACAGCGUAAACGGUUGUCUACAUUAAGUACAGGCUGUCACAUUUAAAUCUUUCUCCCAUUAAAAUGGGACAAGAUCAUAGUGCCUUAUGUCGGACAAUGGAGGAAGAACGGACAUGCAUUCCACCAAAAGGUUUGUGUCAAUGGCACUAGUUUAAUUGGCUGACAGGAAAUCCUAAAUGCAUUAUGUUUUGGCCCUUUGGGACCAUGGACCUAACCUGCUGAGUAAGGUCAGCGCUUUCGAAGAAGGAUCUAUUUAGCUCCUUCAUUUCCAUCUGAACCGAUUGUCACAGUCAGCUUGUCACUCCCGUGUGUAGUAUUUUAGCUGGAGAAUAUCUGAAAACACUUUAAAGCUUUUAUGUUAUCCACUAGUCCUCAAAAUUGGCAACUGGGAAUAGUCAGCAAAUUAAGACCCAAAUAAGCCAAACCUGAAAAAAUCUCUAGGUUAGCGAUAUAUCCAAAUCCACUAUUUUGAUCUAAAAUUUGCUGGCCCUUACGUUAAUUGCAGACAAUUCCUAAUCGAGUGAAAAACUAUUGUACAGCGGAUGAAAUAUGAAUUGUUUGAUUGCUUUAAUUAGAGAGAAAGUCUUGAUCUCUGUCAGGAAUACAAAUAAACCAUGUUUUUAUGGUGUGUUUAUUUUUACACCCAUGGCAUUGUAAGAGACCUAGCCAAUUUGUUUUCUUUUGAAUCAAUAAAAUGACUUUUUUUUUUUUCAAAUGGCUUGUUGCUGACAAAGAGGCUUUUGACAUACUUUAUUGAUCCUAUGGUGUUAAAUCACUCAGCGAUGAAUACGUUAACCUGCCCCUUACGGGGAAGUAAGCGAUAUGAUGUAUCCAGAGUUCCAUAAUAAAAUAUAGUAUCCUGUGUAAUCUCAAAGAAUGACAACACAGUGCUCUUUAUAUAUCCUUAUUCAGGAAAUAGAUCUGUACAGACUAAACAGCCAGGAUAAGCUGGGAUUGACCGUGUGCUACAGAACAGAUGAUGAAGAUGAUACCGGAAUUUAUGUCAGUGAGGUAAGAGGUGAUAAAAAAAAUUAUUAAUUUAAAAACAUUUUUGUAUAGGUUUUAUGUUAAUUUACAGUUUCAAUUAUUAUUUUUGCUGCCAAGGAAAGGAAAUACCAAAUUAAAUAGGUUUAUAGUGUUUCCUUAAUUUCUUCAAGUGUGAUCAGGCACACUACACAUGGGUAGUGCAAAGACUCUUCUGGUAUUCUUGGGAAUGUAGAGUUACAAAAUCCUAUCAGAGUGUAAAAUUAUGUUUCAGUUUGUGGAAGUCACAUGCAAAUAUUGUUUCAAGUAAAAAGAAUGAAGAGAAAGGACUUUUACAAAUGCUCUGCUUUCAAACAGGUCUAAUGGCUACAGAAUAGCAGAGUUUCAGUUAUCUGCUGUUUAGGAGUUAACUCACUUUAUUUAUGUAGUCAUAGUAACAGCUCCCCUACACACUUCCUAUAAAGGUAGAUCUAAUUUUUAAACUAUCUUGAUAUUAUCAUAAAAAUGAUGCUAAAUCUCAAAUGUAUGAUCCUCAGCAUUGUUAGUCAAAACCAUCUAAAGUAAACACUUUUCUUAUUGAAAAUGAAACCAUUUUUUUCAUGUUGACUGUGUGAGUCACAGCCAGGGGAAAUGUGGCUUGCAUUAACAGAAACAAACGUAAUUUAACUCUCAAAUGGCACAGAAUUGAGCAGUGACACUGCAGAGGCAUGUAAAACCUUACUGGGUUAAGUCUACCUCUAGUGGCUUUUUGUCAGUGCAGCAGAAGUGCCUCUAGUGGCUGUCAUACUGAGUAAAACUGAUUCAGCGCUUUCCUGUUGGAAAGUUUGAAUGUGUGGGCAGUACUAGCCGCACAUGCACAUUAGGUCCCCAAGGCUCCUCUGUGAGGAGCAUUGGAUUGGACUGUCUCAGAGGAGGCAGGGGAGGAGAGGUGAACAGCGUAGAGAGAGCCUCGGUACUGUGAAAAGGUGAAUAGAGCUAGGGACAGGAACACAAUAGUGUUAGGAAUACAGAUUAGUAUUCCCAACUCUAUAGUGUUUCUUUAGAUCAACAUCUCCAUGAUAUAUGGCAGUCAUUCAGUUCCACUGUCUGUUGAAUUCAAACACAAGCACCCUUCAUUCUAAGUAAAAAAAAAAACUAUAGUGCAAGGAAAACAGUUGUUUUCCAGGCACUGUAGUGUCCCCUUCUGUCAAGGCCCACCCCCGCGGUACUGAAGGGGUUCAUAACACCUUCUGUCACUUACUUGGUUCCAGCGCCGAUGUCCCUCAGCUCUGGCUCAGCUCUGCCCAUGUUCCUUGCGGGAGGGGGAGACCUAAUGCGAUCUAAUUGGCAAUGGCCGCGCUCGCAUUAGGAUCUCCCCAUAGGAAAGCAUUUUUCUAGAGGCAACACUGGAAGUCAAGUCCUAAUGCAUAGCGUGAGAACUUCCAGCGUCGUUUAGAUGACCAAAAGUUCUUGUAGACAGCCACUAGAGGAGGACUUAACCCUGCAAGGUAAUUAUUGCUAUUUAUAAAAACUGCAAGAAUUACAUGCUCAGGGUUAAGGGUGAUGGGAGUUGGCACCCAGACCACUUCAAUGGGCUGAAAUGGUCUGGGUGCCUACAGUGUCUUUUUAAUGAGAUAUGUAUCUCUUUUUUUUUUUCUGAGCUGUAUGUUUUUAGUAUAAUGAAAAAUAUAGUUUAGUCCUAUUUAUUGUGACUUGUGGUGACAUGUUUCGCAGUGAUACUCAAAUGAUAAUUUAAAGGAACACUAUAGUCACCUAAAUUACUUUAGCUAAAUAAAGCAGUUUUCAUGUAUAGAUCAUUCCCCUGCAAUUUCACUGCUCAAUUCACUGUCAUUUAGGAGUUAAAUCACUUUGUUUCUGUUUAUGCAGCCCUAGCCACACCCCCAUGGCUAUCAUUGACAGAGCCUGCAUGGAAAAAAAAAACUGGUUUCACUUUCAAACAGAUGUAAUUUACCUUAAAUAAUUGUAUCUCAAUCUCUAAAUUGAACUUUAAUCACAUACAGGAGGCUCUUGCAGGGUCUAGCAAGCUAUUAACAUAGCAGGGGAUAAGAAAAUCUUAAUUAAACAGAACUUGCAAUAAAGAAAGCCUAAAUAGGGCUCUCUUUACAGGAAGUGUUUAUGGAAGGCUGUGCAAGUCACAUGCAGGGAGGUGUGACUAGGGUUCAUAAACAAAGGGAUUUAACUCCUAAAUGGCAGAGGAUUGAGCAGUGAGGCUGCAGGGACAUGUUCUAUACACCAAAACUGCUUCAUUAAGCUAAAGUUGUUCAGGUGACUAGUGUCCCUUUAAGAGAAAUACUCCAAGGAUACCUGCUUAGUUGAACAGACAGAUCUCUAGAGUCGAAAUGCAUAUUUCCCAGUUUCAACAUUAGUUGCUCUCUUUUCUAGAUGCUCAGAAUGCUUUCAAACAUAAGGUUAGGCUUCUUAGCCACACUGGAUAAAAGCCAAAGUCCGUACUGAUGUCACAUUUUUACUGGGUAUCCUAGGCCCACCCAUUCAGCCGAAGUUUGAUGCCCACUAGGAGAAUACCAAACACAUAUGUGUAGAAUGGGUGCUUCUGCUGAGUACUCAGCAAUCAAGUUAAUUGUUAAGUAGACACCUAAAUAUGUUAACUGAGUGAAUAUCCUCUGCCAGUAAAGUUCUAAACAGGAAACCACAAUUAAGCCAGGUCAAAGAGAGUUUGUGUGAAGGAAUCUGGUUAUUAAAUGUAUCUUAUUGUUUUUCAGAUUGAUCCAAAUAGUAUUGCAGCCAAAGAUGGACGAAUCAGGGAAGGUGAUCGGAUUAUACAAGUAAGAUAUAAUGUUGUGUAGCUUACUUUUAGUGGGCACUUUUUAUUUUCAAUAAAUAGCAGAAGAAAAAAUCAAUUGCCUGUGCUUUAAGUCACAUAAUACACAAAAUUCUGAUUCAAUUACUAAACAAGUACACACUUUCCUGUCACUAAUGAAUCAUGUAAUUCUUUAGUGGUGGAAUUCUAGAGUAUAAAUAUGUUUAUAUGUUUAGCAUGUUUUAUGAUUACACAAUUUUGUAAUUAUUUUUGUUGGGAAACCAUAUUCCCAGCAUGCACUUGACCUGCCUUGUCCCCCUGCCCACAUUGCUGGUUGGCUGUUAACUUUCUAUCCAUGUAGCAUGUUUUAUAUCUCUUCCAAGAUCACCUUAAAGAAUACAUUGAUGUAACAUAUAAGCGGAAGAUAUGCAAAGUGCUGUAUUCUGAAACAUUGUGUAAAGUUCUAAAAGUGGGACAAUCCCCAUGGAAACCAGCAAAUACAUCAUUUUGCAUACCCACUUUUCAGAGCACAAGACUUUGAUAAUCUCUAGUGUUGUUUUUUUUGUUUUUUUAUUAAUGCAAAUCUUUGUUUGGGCUAACUCCUCAUUGAUCAAAUGAAAUACUUUAUUUUCUAAAGAAAAUUCAAUUUUAAUGGAUUUAAAAAAGGUUUUCGCUUGCUAACUCCUAUUAGCCCAAGAUGGUGAACAAGAUAAUCUACUUCCUGACCAUCUGAAGUUUGGUUUUGUCUUACAGAUUAAUGGCAUUGAUGUUCACAACCACGAAGAGGCCGUAGCCCUCCUGACAAGUGAGGAUACGAAAGAUGUUUUCUUGUUGGUAGCAAGGCCAGAGAUGCAGGUAUUGUACCUAACUGCUUGACAUAGACUUUCUAAUACAAUCCUAUAUUUCUUCCCCUAAUGUGGAACUCGUGUCUCAUUGUGAAAAAGAUAUAUUGAUUUUUAUUGAGUAAUUUAUUAGUUAUCCACUUUCUCUAAAAAAAACAAAACACCAUAUUAACACUUUACCACUGUAUUAUAAAUUAUACCACAAAAAAAACAACAAAAAACUUGGAAUUUCAUUAGAUUCCAAAACUAAAAAAAAAAUUAAAAAAUUACUACUUUGUCCUUAAGUCCUGAUUUACAAAAGAUAGUGCUGCCACCAUCAUUAAUUCCUACAGCUAUCACUGGGGUAUCCACACUCUGGAGCCUCCAUAGAUCUUAGUGCUGUACUCUUGAACACGCAUUAGUGUACAGCAGUUGUGCUAAUUUUGACACAAUAUGGCACAUUUUAAAACCAAAAGUCAUGGAAGGGUGUCGGAAUAACUCAGGCCCAUGGGACAAAUGUAAGGUAUUACUGAUCAAAUAUAGCUAGAGAACUAUUGGGAUUGCUCGAAUUGCAUAUUUUUCCUUCAUGAGUUGUUCAUUUAUCUCAAAUAGAAUACAGUAAUACUGAAGGUGAUGUUUGUGUAAGUGCAUAUAGACACAUCUGUAUGAAGUAGCUUUCUGUCACUUUUAGCUACCGUCACUGAAAUAAAUGAUUUAAUAGCAAUGUUUUAUUUCAUGAAGCCACACUGUAUCAUCUUCAGCAGCCUAAAGUUUGACUGCACACUUCUUGAAAUUAAAGUAACACUACACAUGUUUGUGUUCCUGACCCUAUAGUGUUACCACCACCAUUUAGGUGGCUUGCCGUUCCUCCCCCCUUUAGCCUUGUAGAAGGGGAUAAAAUUCACUUUAUUUCCAGCGCAGCAUGGGUCUGCCGAUGCUGUUCCCGCCCCAACUCUUUGUGACAUCAAAAUUUAUGACUUUUAGCCAAUCCGUAUGGGAAAGCAUUGAAUUGGCUGAAAUCUGCAAGGAGAUUGAAUGGGGCAGGACCAAACUCUGUUUUGGCCAAUCAGCACCUCCUCAUAAAGAUGCAUUGAAUGAAUGCAUCGCUAUGAGGAAAGAUCAACGCCACCAUGCAGAGCACUGCCCCAGGAAGCACCUCCAUUGGCCAUCUGAGGAGUGGCCUCUGGAGGUGUCCCUAGGGGACAUGUAAAAACUGCCUUUUCUCUGAAAAGGCAGUGUUUGCACGAAAAUGCCUGAAGGCAAUGAUUAUACUCACCAGAACAAAUACAUUAAUCUGUAGUUGUUCUGGUGACUAUAAUGUUCCUUUAAGUCAGGCUCUUGUAUGCACCAUACUCCCUAUAUUUACAAAAACAAACUGUAUUUUGAUAUUCUCCUAAUUUGCAGAUAAUAUAAAAGCUCAGUUUGGGAAAAUAGUAAACUUGUCAGGUUACCAUUUGACUUGUUUUUUUGUUUAUUAAAAUGUACAUAAAAAAAAAAAUGUGUUCUGUUUUAAUAUUCUAAUUUGUAUUUACAUUUGUAAUCAGAUGCUCUGAAUUACAUCUUGCUGUCAGAAUUUGUGUUACCGUGACAACACAUUUAUGUCAUCUUUGUUUUGUUCUCUUAAACACAGCUGGAUGAAGGAUGGAUGGAUGAUGACAGAAAUGAUUUUCUGGAUGAUUUACACAUAGAUAUGUUAGAAGAACAGCAUCACCAAGCAAUGCAAUUUACUGCCAGCAUGCUUCAGCAGGUAAUGUGAUUCUCCCCUACUACUCUGUCAACGUAGCUUGUCAGAUCUGAUAUUCUGUUUCCCCAGUUUCCAUUACAAGGAUUAAACUUACCAGCCAGUUUAAUGAAUAUAUAAGGUUAUGGAUAGCAGGAGGUAUUUGUCAAAGUUUGUCAUUAAAGACUUCAGGGAAAAAAAUAAAAAAUGUAAUCAAAACAUCCCAUUAUUUAAGUUAAAUCACUCAUUGAUAUAAAAAAACAAACAAACCAUAAAAUAUAACUAAAAUGACAGCUUUUCUCCCCCAAUAUGUUUGGCCUAAAAUAUUCAAUUUCCUUCCUUUUCCUUACACAAUUCCCAUAUCCCCAAGAAUAUUCUACUUGACUCUUGUAAAGCCCUCAGUAGAAAAUUUUCACGUCAGGUAAAAUUAUUUUUGGCAAAUGUUUUGAUGUGCCAGUUUGAAGGAAAGUGUCUGACCUUUAAGUGUUUGUGUGAUAGGAUACAUGGGGAUCUUCGCCACAGUUUAACUUACUAAAGCGAGAAAAUAACUGAUAUUUUUGAAGAAUAUUUAACGACUGUUGAACUCAACUCCAGCAAUGCUUUGCAAGAUUUCACAGGCUAAAGUAAAAUGGAGGUUGUAGUUUCAGUCAUUGGAGGACUACUGGAUAUAUUUUUCUGCAUAGACGCAGCAUGUUUCUUCUCAGUUUUAGGUAUCCAAAUGAAAAAUAAAGUAUUGGUCGCUGGACCUACCAAAGCUUUUCCACAAUGAUAAUGUCAUAUAUGAUAGAACACACAUUUCGUAUUUGUACACAUACAGCCUGCCUGGUAGACCGGAGAUCAGUCUCUCGACUAAUCAGGGCUUCCCCCCCCCGCCACCCCCUAAUAAAGCAGAAACAAACUCUUAUAGAAAAUAUAUAAUAGACAAAGUGCACUUUAUAACACAAAGCUGUGUGCUGUAAACUUGAAAAUGACCACACAAACAUUUAGUAUUUCAAUUUUUGACACAUAUACCCAUUUUAAUAAAUGAGCAGGUCUGUGGCCUUAUGGCCCUUCAUCUCUCUAUGAGGUGAUAAACUAGGCAGUGCCUGCCCCAACAUUGGGUCUAUAGAUCUCUGUGCUGUAAUCUUGAACAUGUACAAGAGUAAGCAGUUAUACGGGCUCCUGGCAGAUGAGCAGAGGAAAGAUGGUUGAGAUUGCGAGCAAGAGUUUCAGAUAUGUUCUUCUACCUUUGGCUUCACUCCUACCACAGCAGUAUGUUAUAAUUGGCGUAAUAUCGAAAACUGGUUUGCAGACUUAAAAAUAAAAAAGAAAAGAAAAAUGUACAGAAAUUUGUAUUAUAUUUUCAUUAUUAUAUAUUAAAAGGUUCUAGCAAGCUGUUAUAUUCAGUUGGAAUGGAAUCUGACCAGUGACAGACAGUAGUUCAACUAUCAAAUACCAUGUUAAAUGCACUACUGUCCUUCUCAACAAGAAAGAUAUGGAGCAAUUAACAUCAUGCAUUAAAUCUGCAUUAAUAUGUAAUCAGAUAGCUAGUAAAAUACAUAAAUCCAAUGUUGCACCAUGUUAUGUUUGCAUAACCUCUAGCAUUUAACUUAACUUGCUCACAAUAUUUCUUUCCUUUUAGAAAAAACUGGAGGAAGAUGGAGGAACUACAGAUACGGCAACCCUGUUGUCCAACCAGUUGGAGAAAGAUAGUGGAGUUGGCCGCACUGAUGGGAGCACUCGUAAUGAUGAGAGCUCAGAGCACGAAAAUAUUACAGACGAUCACACCACUUCCUCAAAUACACUGGGAAGUCAGAAAAAACUAAUGUACAGUCAGGACACUUUGGGGAGUGGAGACAUGCAGUUCAGCAAUGAGUCAUUCAUUUCAGCAGAUUGUACCGAUGCAGAUUUUCUGGGUAUCCCCAUGGAUGAAUGUGAGAGAUUUAGGGAGCUUUUGGAAUUAAAAUGCCAAGUGCAAAGUUCUAACCAGCGCCGAUAUUACCAAAAUAGUACUUUGGAAACCAAUAGAAGUGACCAGGAAAGUGUAGACAGGGAGUUAGAGAUGCUGAAUGAAGAGCUGCACAGCAUUGAGCUUGAGUGUUUGAAUAUAGUCCGUGCUCAUAAAAUGCAACAACUAAAAGAACAGUACAGAGAUUCAUGGAUGCUUCACAAUAGUGGCUUCCGUAACUACAAUACAAGCAUUGACUUGCGUCGACAUGAACUUUCGGAUAUUACAGAAUUGCCAGAGAAGUCUGACAAGGAUAGUUCAAGUGCCUAUAAUACUGGGGAAAGUUGUCGCAGCACCCCACUGACUUUGGAAAUCUCACCUGAAAACUCACUGCGAAGGAGUGCAGACGCCCUCAACUGCCCAAAUGCGGAAGGAGCCGUUGGCAGCUUACCUUGCAAUGCUUCCCAAAAGAGUUUGCUGUCAAGUGGCGGUAGUCGUGAAGCCAGUCCUGUCACAUACCAUCUCCCAGCCAAGGAUUUUGACAUCAACAAACAAACAGAUGUCCGAGAAAGAAAAGGUGGAGAUGUGAGCAAAAAUCAAACCAAUCCAGAAAAAGUAUCCAGUUCCGUGCAGCCACCGUAUCGCCACUCUCCGUAUAAGCAUGCACACAUCCCUGCACAUGCCCAACACUAUCAAAGCUACAUGCAACUAAUCCAGCAGAAAUCAGCCGUGGAAUAUGCUCAGAGUCAAAUGAGUUUGGUCAGUAUGUGUAAAGACUUGUCCAGUACUACAGAACCUAGGAUGGAAUGGAAGGUGAAGGUAAGAAGUGACGGCACACGCUAUAUUACAAAGCGGCCUGUAAGAGACAAACUGUUGAGAGAGAGAGCCAUAAAGAUUAAGGAGGAGCGAAGUGGAAUGACAACCGAUGAUGAUGCCAUGAGCGAGAUGAAAAUGGGACGUUACUGGAGUAAGGAAGAACGUAAGCAGCAUGUUCGAAAAGCUUCUGAGCAAAGAAAGAGAAGGGAAUUUAUGAUGCAAAGCAGGUUGGAUUGUUUGAAGGAGAAGCAAACCACGGAAGAUACCAAAGAGGUCAGCAUCAUUGACCUCAGUCACAAAAAGAUGAUGAAAAAAAGGAACAAAAAAAUUUUUGACAACUGGAUGACCAUUCAAGAACUCUUAACACAUGGAACUAAAUCUCCUGAUGGAACUCGGGUGUACAACUCCUUGCUUUCUGUUACAACUGUAUAAUUUCAUAAUCUAAAAUCUGUAAAUAAACUACCGUUGCGGUAGAAUUUCCGCCUCGUUAAAUGUGGCAAGUUUAUUAAGAAAAACAACAACUUUUUUUUUCUGUGUAAAUAUAAGAUAAUUAAUGUUACUGUUAAUACCUUGUCUUAAACAAAACAAAAACCCAUCCUAUCACAGUACUGGGUGUUAGUUACCCUAAUUGUUUGCCAAAAGGACAUGUAACUGUUUGCUGCGCAACACUUUUACAGUUCCUCUGGCAAUGAGGAGUUCAGCCGCCACAUUACUCAAGGAGCUCUGUAAUUUAAAUUGUUUUUAAAACAUGACUGUAAUUUUUAAAACAUUUUUUAAAAUUUUCAUACUGUUAUUAAUCAUGCGAAUGCCAAAUAACCUUUUAGUUACACACGUUUAAUUAAUGAAUACUGAUUAAAGAUAUUAAACACAAGCUUUCUUUUCUUGCCUGAAAACACAGACGCAAUUUCCAAUAUAGAUUUAUAUUUUAUAAAAUUGUAUUUUGUGAUAUUACUUUGCAUUUGUUUUAUUUUAUAUUAUCUGCAUUCUAUUUAUCAAUAUCUACAAUAACAAGAUUUGUCAUAUUGUUUAAGAGCGCAGCUUUUACACUUAUGGCCAAUUCAUAAUUUCUUUAAGAGUUCUUAAUCAGAUUUUAUAUCAAAGAAAUGAUUACUCAAUGUGUAGCUUUAUAAGGUUUGGAAAGCAUGUUUUUGUGGCAUCCUUGUGCCACACUCCCAGGCUUUUUGAUACAGACAAGGAAUUUCUUUAUGAAAGAAAGAAGUUAAAAAAAAAAAAAAAACACACACACAAAAAACAAAAACAAACAAUUUGAAACAUUUUGUGCCAUUUUUCAAGUUAUUUCUUGUUCCAGUUUGCUUUCUAGGUUUGUACGGAAAUAAUAAUAAUAAAAGAAAAAAUGCUAUCAUAAAAUCACAAAUGGUUACAACCGUGGCAAUCAGAGACAAAUAAAUUAUUGUUUUGUAUCCACUAAA